UGAAUUGUCCUCGGGAUGCCCUGUUUCUCUCCCCAGAAGAUGGAGGGUGUGGAGACACCUCCACUGCUGGGCCACAAGACUCCACCCAGAGUUCCACCGAAACCUGCCUCCAAAUCGCCAACACAACCUUUACUGGUCCCUAAAAUGGCUGGAGGUCGCCAGCAGUCCCCCUCACCCGUCAGACACGUGAAGGCGCCCACACCCACUCCUGUUAGGCCGGUCAAAUCUCCAAUCACGACACGCAAACAGCCUGCUGCUGCUGAUGUCCGCCCGCCAUGGAAACGGGCAGGUGAUGCUGACGUCCCUGAGCAGCCAAUCACAGGAGCCAAAGAGGUGGGGAGGGAGGAAGCCACGCCAGCUGCUGUUGGCCCCAUGGUACCGCCCACAGUGGUGUCUGUCCUGAGGAAUACAAAUGUGACUGAAGGGGAGUCAGUGACUUUGGAGUGUCAGAUCACUGGUCACCCUACCCCCAUCAUCAUGUGGUUCAGAGAGGACUAUAAGUUUGAAAGCUCCACUGAUUUCCAGAUGAGCUAUGAUAAUGGAUUUGCACGGUUGGUAAUUCGUGAAGCAUUUGCAGAAGACAGCGGACGCUUCACCUGCACAGCCACUAAUGCAGCAGGAACGGUCAAUACCUCCUGCUACCUUCUUGUCCAGGUAUCUGAAGAAAUUGAGAGCAGACAAGAGCCAGGAGAAGAUGCAGAAACUCUUGAGAAAAUGGCAGGAGAAGCCAAAGAGGACACUAUGUCCCAGGUGAGCGAGGCAGACAGCACUGCAGCUGCUGCUCCCUUUUUCACAAAGAGGCCGACCAUCCAGAAGCUGAUUGAGGGUGGAAGUGUUGUGUUUGGAUGUCAAGUUGGUGGAAGCCCCAAACCACAAGUUAUCUGGAAGAAGAGUGGUGUGCCACUCACCACUGGAUACAGAUACAAAAUUGCACACAAGAAGGAAACUGGAGAGUGCUGGUUGGAGAUUUCCAUGACAUUUGCCGAUGAUGCCGGUGAAUACUCUGUUUUUGCCAAGAAUCAGCUUGGAGAAGUAUCAGCCUCCACCAGCCUGCUGGAAGAGGAGGACUACGAGGCCUACAUGAAGAAACAAGAAGCAACCUUUAAGACUGAAGUGACUGCUUUCGUGCAAGAGCCCAAAGUUGGAGACAUUCCCCCUUUUCCUGUUCCUUCCAUGGAGCAGAUGACGGCCACAGUUAUCUCUGGACAGGAAUUCCAUCUGUCUGGUGCUGAGCAGAGGACCAUUCAAGAGAUUGAGAUUAAUAUCAUGAAGAUCACAUACAGAGAGAUUGUCACAGAGGAUGGAGAGUUGAUGGUGACUGCUGCCCCUACUGAGGCAGUGCCACCAGACUUCAACACUCCUGUCAAAAACUACAGGAUUAUGGAGGGGAUGGGUGUCACCUUCCAUUGCAAGAUGGCAGGAAUGCCGCUCCCCAAGAUCGCCUGGUUCAAAGAUGGCCAGCGUAUCAGGCAUGGCGAUAAAUACCAGAUUGAGGUCCUUGAAGAUGGAAGAGCUAGCCUCCGUCUGCCUGUGGUCAGGCCAGAAGAUGAAGGUGUGUACACUGCCUUUGCCUCCAAUGUGAAAGGAAACACAGUGAGCUCUGGGAAACUCUAUGUAGAGCCAUCUGGAAUGGCUACACCUCAGAGAUAUACUCCACAGCAAGUGCAAAGAUUCCGGUCUACAUCUCCUCGUUCACUGAGUCGUUCACCUGGCCGAUCUCCUAGCCGCUCACCUGGACGCUCACCGGCUCGCCGACUUGAUGAAACUGAUGAGGCUCAGCUGGAAAGACUUUACAAACCUGUUUUUGUUAUGAAGCCUUCCUCCUGUAAAUGCUCAGAAGGACAGACCGCCAGGUUUGAUCUGAAAGUCAUUGGCAGACCGAUGCCUGACACAUACUGGUUUCACAAUGGACAACAAGUGGUUAGUGACUACACCCAUAAAAUAGUGGUUAAAGAGGAUGGCACUCAGUCACUCAUCAUUGUCCCGGCCAUGCCACAAGACUCUGGAGAGUGGACCGUCAUUGCUCAGAACAGGGCUGGACGCUCAUCCAUCUCCAUCACUUUGACUGUUGAUGCUAAAGAAACCUUGGUGCGACCACAGUUCACAGAGAAGCUGAGAAACAUCAGUGUGAAACAGGGAACCUUGGUUGAACUUGCUGUCAAAGCCAUUGGAAACCCUCUGCCAGAUAUUGUCUGGCUGAAAAACAGCGACAUAAUCACCGCACACAAGCACCCAAAUAUCAAGAUCGAAGGAACAAAAGGAGCAGCCAAAUUCCAGAUUCCCUCCACUACCGGUUCAGACAGCGCCUGGUACACUGCAACAGCCAUCAACAAGGCUGGCAGGGACACCACCCGCUGCAGAGUCAAUGUGGAGGUGGACUAUGAAGAGCCUGAGCCAGAGAGGAAGCUAAUAAUUCCCAAAGGAACCUACAAAGCUAAGGAGAUUACACCUCCAGAAGUGGAGCCUCUACACCUGCGUUAUGGUCAGGAGCAGUGGGAGGAGGGUGACCUUUAUGAUAAGGAGAAACAGCAGAAGCCACAGUUCAAAAAGAAGCUAACCUCAGUUCGCAUGAAGUGCUUUGGUCCUGCUCAUUUUGAGUGCAGACUCACUCCUAUUGGUGACCCUACCAUGGUUGUGGAGUGGCUGCAUGAUGGAAAACCUUUGGCUGCAGCCAAUAGGCUGCGUAUGGUCAAUGAAUUUGGCUACUGCAGCCUUGAUUACGAAGUUGCAUAUGCCAGGGACAGUGGUGUCAUCACCUGCAGAGCCACCAACAAGUUUGGAGUGGAUCAGACGUCUGCCACCCUGAUUGUCAAGGAUGAGAAGGGUCUGGUUGAGGAAACUCAGCUUCCUGAAGGCAGGAAAGGAGCCCAUCGAAUUGAUGAAAUGGAACGACUGGCAAAUGAAGGGGGACCUUAUGGAGUCACUGCUGAAGAGCAAACAGAGAAACUGAAACCUGAGAUUGUACUUCUUCCUGAACCUCUCAGAGUUAUGGAGGGUGACACAGCACGAUUUCGCUGCAGAGUCACGGGUUAUCCACCACCAAAGGUUAACUGGUAUCUUAACGGACAGCUUAUAAGAAAAAGUAAGAGAUACAGACUUAGUUACGAUGGUAUCUACUACCUAGAGAUUACAGAUGUGAAAUCCUAUGAUUCGGGAGAGGUCAAAGUAGUGGCAGACAACAACCUGGGGUCAGCUGAACACACAGUGAAACUGGAGAUUCAGCAGAAAGAGGACUUCCGAAGUCAUUUGCGCCGAGCUGCUGAGGCACCCUAUGAAGCUGGUAAAACACAGUUUGAGGUGGUAAAAGCUGAGAAAGCCCCCGAGGAUGCUCAGCAGAAAGAGGUCAUCAAGCUCAAGAAGGCACAAAGAAUUGUUCAUGAGAAAGCCAUAGAGGAGUCGGAGGAGCUGAGGAGCAAAUUCAAACGCAGGACAGAGGAGGGAUACUAUGAGUCCAUUACUGCUGUGGAGCUUAAAUCUCGAAGGAGGGAUGAUUCAUAUGAAGAUCUGCUGAAAAAGACAAAGGAGGAGUUGCUUCACCGCGUCAAGGAGAAAGAAGAGGCUGAGAAGAAGAUGCAGGAGGAGCGUAAACUUUCUGAAAAAUCUUUUAAACCAGAGAGACUCAAGCUUGCCCCUAACAUGGAAGCUCCUAAAAUCAUUGAGCGUAUUAUUAGCCAGACAGUCUCACAGGGUGAUGAAGUGAAGUUCAGGGUCAGAGUUGUUGGUAAGCCAGAUCCCACGUGCCAGUGGUUUAGGAAUGGAGUUCAGUUGGAGAAGUCAGACCGUGUCAGCUGGUUCUGGCCUGAAGACCAUGUGUGUGAACUGGUGAUCAGAAAUGUCUCAGCUGAAGAUUCUGCUAGCAUCAUGGUGAAGGCCUCCAACACUGCAGGAGAGACCUCCAGCCAUGCUUUCCUUCUGGUCCAAGCAAAACAAGCAAUCACUUUCACUCAGAAGCUGGAGGAUGUUGAUUCCAAGGAGAAGGACACAAUGGCUACAUUUGAGUGUGAAACCAAUGAGCCCUUUGUUAAGGUCAAAUGGCUGAAGAACAAUUUGGAGAUCUUCUCUGGGGACAAAUACAGGAUGCACUCUGACAGAAAGGUCCACUUUCUGUCUGUACUGAUGAUUGAGAUGAGAGAUGAUGCAGAAUACACUUGUGCUGUUAUAGAGGAUGAAGAUGUCCGAACAAUGGCAAAGCUCAAUGUUGAAGGAGACCCUCUGGAGAUCCUGAAGCACCUUGACAGCACAGAGGUCCCGGAGACCUACUCUGGAGAGUUUGAAUGUGUUGUGUCUCGGGAAGAUGCUGAGGGCAGCUGGUUCUUUGGACAAAAGCUGCUGCAACCCAGCAGUAAAUAUGUUGUGUCAUCCCGCCGUGGACGACACACUCUCUCUGUGAAGGAUGUCAAGAAAGAAGACCAGGGAGAAUACACUUUCAAAGUGGGAGAAUUUCAGUCAUCUGCUUCACUUAAGAUGAAAUUGCGCCCUAUUACCCUGAUGACUCCUUUGACCGACCUGACUGUUUGUGAGGGAGACAUUGCCCAGCUUGAGGUCAAGUUCUCCCAGGAGAAUGUUGAGGGAAGGUGGAUGAAGAAUGGAAAGCCUAUUGAGGCUUCAAACCGCGUGCACAUAGUUAUAGACAAACAAAUCCAUAAACUCCUGAUUGAGGACACCAACAAGGAUGACUUUGGAAUGUACUCUUUUGUUGUCCCUGACCAUGACAUUUCAACAUCAGCAAAGCUCAUCAUUCAGACUAUUGGCAUUCUGACCCCUCUCAAGGACAUAACUACUGUUGAGGGCACUAAAGUUGUUCUGGAGGCAAAGAUCUCAGCUCAGGAUGUCAGCUCUGUCAAAUGGUACCACAAAGACAAACUGCUGACAAUCAGUGAGCGGAUCAACAUGGUUGCAAAGGGAACCAAGCAACGACUUGUCUUUGCCAGGAACUAUGCUUCUGAUGAAGGACAGUAUAAACUGGUAGUGGGUCGUGCUGAGACCAGCUGCACACUUACUGUUCAGCCUGUCCGCAUUUUGAAGCCAAUGACUGAUAAGGAGUGCUCUGAGUCUGAGAAUGUCACCUUUGAGGUUGAGGUCUCCCACCCGGGCAUUGACCCCUUCUGGACUUUUAGCGGGCAGCCACUCAAAGGCAGCACCAAGCACAAGAUGGAAUCCAAGGAGAAGCGCCACACCCUGACAGUCAUGAAUGCAAUGAAAGAUGAGGAGGGCCAGUACACAUUUGCUGCUGGGGAGAAGACAUGCAGUGCCUCACUCACUGUAACAGGGGGUGCCAUCAAAAAACCUCUGCGUGAUUUGGUGGUAGCCGACUCACAGACUGCAGUGCUAGAGUGUCAAGUAGCAAACCCGUCUGCAGAGGGAAAGUGGCUGAAAGAUGGCCAGCCUGUAGACUUCAGUGACAAUGUUCAAAGUGAGGUGGUUGGAGCUGUGAGACGUCUUGUGAUUGUUAUUACUAAAGCCACUGACAUUGGAGAAUACACCUAUCAAGUUGCCACCUCCAAGACUUCAGCCAUGCUGAAAGUUGAGGCGGUAAAAAUCAAGAAGACCCUGAAGAACAUGAACGUGGUUGAGACGCAAGAGGCAGUUUUCAGUCUUGAGCUGACCCAUGAAAACGUCAGAGGUGUGCAGUGGAUCAAGAAUGGGGUGGAGAUCCAGCCCAGUGAUAAAUAUGAGAUCAGCAUUGAGGGCACAGCCCAUACCUUGAAGAUACAAAAUUGCAACACACACGAUGAGUCUGUGUACUCCUUCAAACUUGGAAAACUCUCUGCAAACGCCAGGCUCAACGUUGAGACCAUCAAGAUCCUGAAGAAGCCAAAAGAUGUCACAUCACUGUUGGGUGGAACAGCUGUGUUUGAAGUUGGUAUUUCAGAGGACAAUGUUCCAGUGAAAUGGAUGUUCAAAAACAUGGAGUUGAAGCCAAGUGAGCACUACAUGAUGCUCUCAGAGAAGAGGAACCACAAACUGAUUAUUCAGAAUGUGGACAACUCCAAAGAAGGAGAGUACACAGCUGUUGUGGGCCAUCUGCAGUGCAGUGCUCAUCUUGUUGUUGAAUCUUUGCGAGUCACCAGACCCCUAAACAAUGUGGAGGUUCCAGAGACGCUGAUGGCCUCCUAUUCUGAUCACAACUAAGCUGCAGGACAUCAGUGCCCACGAGAAAGACAUGGUCACCUUUGAGACAGCAGUCAACUAUGAGGGAAUCGCAUAUAAAUGGUUGAAAAAUGGCGUUGAGAUCAAAUUCACUGACAGAUGCCAGGCUCGUUGCAAACAGCUGACUCACACGCUGAGCAUAAGGAACGUUCAUUUUGGAGACGGUGCCGAGUACACCUUUCAAGCGGGGUCUGCUGUUUCUGUCGCCAAGCUUCAUGUGGAAGCUCGUGUGAUAGAGUUUACCAAACACCUAAAGGACCUAAGUAUCACAGAGAAGAAAAGGGCCACUUUUGAGUGUGAAGUGUCUGAAGCCAACAUUCAGGUGAUGUGGAUGAAGGACGGCUUGGAGCUGGAGAUGUCUGACAGGUACAAAAUAACUGUGGAUGGAUUUCUGCACCGUCUGGUCCUGCCGUCUGUCCGUCUGUCCGACGCUGGUGAAUACACUGCAGUGGCUGGUUCCAGCAUGUCCAAAGGCCACUUGAUGGUUGAGGGACGAGACAUUAAAAUCUCAGAACCUGCGAACAGAAAUUUCACAGUGGUUGAGAAACAAAGAGCAACCUUUGAGUUUGAGGUGAAUGAGGAUGACGUGGAGGGUCGUUGGUCGAAGAAUGGAGUGGAGAUCCAAUUCCCAGUGGAGGAGAGGUUCAGCUAUGCCACCAUCAGAAAGCUACACCGCCUCACAAUCUCUGAGACGUACAGGAGUGAUGCCGGCGAGUACACCUUUUUGGCUGGAAAGAACAGGAGCACCGUCAACCUCCACGUGCAAUUGCCAGAACCUCCUCAGAUCACUCGGCACAUGGAGCCUCUGACAGCGAUGUCGGGCAGGUUGGUUCGCUUCUCUGUGCAGGUGAGCGGCCUGCCUCAGCCUCAGGUGUUCUGGUACAAGGACUCCCAGCUCCUCUCUACAAGCUAUAAGUGCAAGUUUCUUCAUGAUGGAGAUGAGCAUACUCUGAUGCUGCUGGAGGUCUUCCCCGAAGAUGCUGCCAUUUACAGCUGCUCGGCAAAGAAUGACUAUGGAGAGGCGACGAGCUCUGCUCCUCUUAUUGUGCAAGUUCCUGAAGUGCAAACGGCUCCAAAAUCUCCUCCUGCUCUGAUCACUCCAUUGCAGGACAUCCUAGUAUCAGAGGGGCGUGCUGCCCAGCUGCAGUGCUGUGUUUCUGGGGAAGGUAUGGACACUUUUCUUUAUUAUAUGUCUUCAGAUCUGCAGGUUUCUUGGUUCUGUAAUGACAGAGAGAUCAGGCAGUCUGACAUCUUCAGGAUGUCUCAUUUUGACGAAACCUGCCUUCUGGAGAUCUCCAGAGUUCUACCUUCACAUGAAGGGGAGUACUCAUGUAUUGCCCAAAAUUCAGCAGGAAUGGUCACGUGUUCUGCCACACUGAAUCUUGACGUACCUGCAAUGAAAAAGGAGUCCGUCACUCAGGAGCAAGUCCAAGUUAAACCUGCUUUCAAGCACAGAGUGGUUCCUCUGGAGGUCAAUGCUGGCAGCACUGCCAGGUUUGAAUGUGAAACUGAGUUUGCUCCAAAUGUGAGCUUCAAGUGGUUCAAAGACGGACACGCCAUAAAAGCAAGUGAGAAGUGUAGAAUUAUCAGUCGAUUUACAGCUUCAUCUCUGGAGCUUCUGAGCCCAACCCAAGACGACAGUGGAGAAUACACCUGUGAGGCAUCCAACCAGCAUGGCAGUGACAAAUGUUCUGCCUCACUCAGCGUGACUGAACGCAAAGUUCCUCCAAACUUUACCAAGAAGCCUUCUGAGUCUAUGACGGAUUCAGUUGGUCGAACGGUGAAGAUAGAGGGCCGGGUGUCCGGCUCCCAACCGCUGACUAUUACUUGGCACAAAGACAACAGAGAGAUUUUUGCUUCUGGGAAAUAUGACAUCACCUUCAAGAACAACAUGGCCGUUCUCUUGGUCAAGAACUCCUCCGUCUCUGACAGCGGUGUUUACCUCUGCCAGGUUUCAAACGAAGCAGGAAAAGCUUCCUGUCAGGUCUCACUCUCAGUUACAGAAACUGCCCAGGCUCCAAAGUUUGAUGUUCCACUGAAGCCGCUGGAGGUGACACUGGGAGAAAAGUUGAACCUCCAUUGCCACGUGAGCGGAUCACCUCCACUAACCAUCCAGUGGAUGAAGGACAGAAAGGAGCUGAAGUCUGGCGAGAACACCAUAAUCACGUUUGUUGAUGGCACUGCCUCACUGGAGCUUAGACCAAUGUCAGAGGUUGAUGCAGGAGACUACCUGUGCAAAGCCACCAAUGCUUCUGGCAGUGACUUCUGCAAGUCUAAGGUCACUGUGAAAGUUUCAGAAAAGGGAGGGAAGGCUGCCCCCGGUGAAGCUGCUCUCCCAGCCGCCCCCGUCAAACGGCUCGACAACCUCUUCUUCAUUGAGGAACCCACAAACAUGUCUGUAGUAGAAAAGGGAACUGCGACUUUUAUUGCCAAAAUUGGAGGCGAUCCAAUCCCCAGUGUUAAGUGGAUGAAAGGAAAAUGGAGACAGAUCACUCCUGGUGGUCGAAUAUCCAUUGAGCACAAGGGCCAGGAUGCCAAACUGGAGAUCCGGGAAGUGAUCAAAUCUGAUUCUGGACUGUAUAGGUGUAUUGCCUCUAACAAACAUGGAGAAAUUGAGUGUGGUGCUGAGAUGACAGUAACAAAAAAGGAAGAGGUGGGACAAAUUGGAGAUGUCAGGAAAGGACUCAAAAAGACUCCCUCCAAGCAAAAGAGUCCCAAGAAAGAAGGGGAUAUCAGUAUUGUGGAUCUACUCAGAGGUCAUGAUCCCAAAGACUACGAGAGAAUCCUGCGAGAGCAUGAAAUCUAUGACUAUCGAGCAAUCCUGCAGGCCGUGGAGUUCCUCAAGAGAGAGAAGGAGAUGGAAGCAGGAAAAGUGGAGAUUGAACAUGGUGGUCAGGUUGAGGAGGGAGACCUUGUUCGACUCAUCCCACAGCUUGAGGGCGGUGUCAGCACAGAGCCUGUUACUGUGGUGAAGAGCAUCACUGACCAGACCAUUCCAGAGACCCAGAGUGCAACCUUUGAGUGUAAAAUCAUGAUUAAUUACCCGGAGAUCAGUCUGACCUGGUACAAAGGUACACAAAAACUGGAAGCCUGUGAGAAGUAUGACAUUAACAGCAUGGGUGACAACCACUACCUGAAGAUCAGGAACUGCCAGGCCACAGAUCAGGGCAACUACCGUGUGGUGUGUGGACCUCACAUCUCCAAUGCCAAGCUCACUGUUACAGAGACGAAAAAGGUUGUGGAGGAAACAAUUGAGAGGACUCAAUUUGGGGUCAGAACAGAAGACUCUCAAGAGCUGCCCGUGAAAUGGGUAAAAGACCUGGAACCAGAGACGUCGUGUAUGAAAGGUCAACCGAUGUAUCUAACCUGUGAGUUAAACAAAGAGAGAGAUGUCAUCUGGAAGCGGAAUGGUGAAGUCCUUAAGAAAAAAGCUGGAAAAGUGGCCAUUAAUGUAAUCGGCAUGCAGCAUGCUGUGACAAUCCAGAAUUCCACAGAAGAGGAUGCUGGGAAAUACACUUGUGAGGUGGAGAGCCAGGAAGAUGUCAAGACAACAACUGAUGUGAAAAUAAUUGAGAUCAUCAAAGACUGGCUUGUGAAGCCUCUGAGAGAUCAGCAUGUAAAGCCGAAGGCAAAAGCCACGUUCAAAUGUGAGCUGUUCAAAGACACUCCCAACUGGAAAUGGUUCAAAGGAGAAAAUGAGCUCACUCCUUCUGACAAAGUAGAGAUUAAAAAAGAUGGAAGAGAUAUGGCUCUCACCAUCAAUAGUUGCCAGCCUGAUGAUGUAGCAGACUACACCAUUGAGGUUGAAGAUCGUAGAUAUACUGCCAAACUUACACUUGGAGAACGUGAGGCUGAGAUCCUGAAACCACUCUCCAGUGUUGAAGUUGUAGAAAAGGAAGAGGCCAAGUUUGAUACUGAAAUAUCUGAAGAGGAUGUUGUUGGGGAAUGGAAACUGAGAGGCCAAGUCCUGACCAGAUCUCCAACGUGUGACAUCAAAGCGGAGGGCAGCAAACGUUUCCUCACCUUAAAGAAUGUGCAGCUGGACCAGGCUGGGGAAGUCUCUUAUCAGGCUCUGAAUGCCAUCACAAGCGCCAUGCUCACCGUCAAAGAGGGUGACGCCAUCUUUGUGGUGAAGCUCCAGGAUUACACAGCCACUGAAAAAGAAGAGGUGACACUGCAGUGUGAACUCAGUAAAGACGUCCCCGUCAUCUGGUAUCAUGACAAAAAGGAACUGAUUGCCUCCAAGACGGUGGCCAUAAGGUCAGAGGGCACUAGCAGGUUUCUGGUUCUGAAGAAAGUGUCGCAGAGCAAUCAAGGCCAUUAUGAAUGUGACUGUGGCACAGACAAGACAGCAGCCAACAUCUCUGUGGAAGCACGGGAUGUUAAAGUUGUUCGGCCAAUUUAUGGUGUGGAGCUGUUUGACGGAGAGACGGCUCGUUUUGAAGCAGAGAUUUCUGAGGAUGAUGUCCAUGGUCAGUGGAAGCUGAAUGGGAACGUGCUCGGCCCUACGUCUGAUGUUGAUAUUAUUGAGGAGGGAGGCAAGCACACACUCAUCCUGUACAAUUGUAAAGUCUCCAUGACUGGGGAGGUGGCAUAUGCCGCUGCCAACGCCAAGUGCUCCGCUAACCUGAGAGUCAAAGAGCUCCCUCUGAACUUCCUCACUCCACUGAGCGAUGUCCAAGUGUACGAGAAGGAUGAAGCCAAGUUUGAGGUCGAGGUGUCCAGGGUGCCGAAGAGCUUCCGUUGGCUGAAAGGCUCACAAGAACUGCAGAGUGAUGAUAAGUACGAGAUGUUGCAGGAAGGAAAGAUGUUUGUGCUGCUUAUCCGAUUAGCUGCCUACGAUGAUGAGGCCAAGUACAUGUUUGAGGCAGAGGACAAGAGAACUGCUGGAAAACUUGUCAUCCAAGGUAUUAGGCUGGAGUUUGCCAAACCAAUCAAGGAUGUUACGGUAAAAGAGCGGGAAACAGCAGAGUUCAGCUUAGAGCUGUCCCACGACAACAUCUCCGUCGUGUGGUACAAAAACGACAUCCGUCUGCACCCCAGCAAGGUUGUUCACAUGUCGGAUCAUGGAAAGAUCCAUACGCUGGCUUUUAAAGAAGUCACAAUUGAUGACACAUCUAUGAUCAAAGUGGAGGCCGGGGAUAAGAGCGCCACGGCCAUGCUGACAGUCAUCGAGGGUGACCUGUAUUUCACCACUAAGCUGCAGAACUACACAGCCGUGGAAAAGGAUGAAGUGCAGCUGGUGUGUGAACUGAGUAAAGCCAUUGCUGAUGUCAAAUGGUUUAAAGAUGGGAAGGAAAUCACUCCCUCCAAGAACAUUGCCAUCAACUCUGAUGGCAAGAAACGCAUUUUGACAGUACGCAAGGCAGAGAAAGCCAACAUUGGAGUGUACACCUGUGACUGCAGCUCCGACAAGACCUCUGCUAACCUCAACAUCGAAGAGCGGGACAUAAAAGUGGUUCGCCCUCUGUACAGCGUUGAAGUCACAGAAACAGAGUCCGCUAAGUUUGAGACAGAGAUAUCUGAGGAGGAUGUCCACGGGAACUGGAAGCUGAAAGGAGAAUCUCUGCACCAGUCCGCUGACGUUGAGAUCAAGGAGGAAGGGACCAAACACAUGCUGAUUCUCUACAACGUCCGCAUGGACAUGGCUGGAACUGUUGACUUCUCAGCAGCCAACGCCAAAUCCAAUGCUCAGCUCAGGGUCAAAGCUCGGUCUAUAACACUCAGCCGUCCUCUGAAGGAUGUGACAGUGACGGCUGGGGAGACGGCCACCUUUGAGUGCGAGUUGUCAUAUGAAGGCAUUGUGGUGGAGUGGUUCCUGGGAGCGCAGAAGAUGGAGGCCAGUGAUCGGGUAAAGACUCGGAUGGCGGGUAAAGUCCAUACUCUGACAGUUCGAGACGUGAAACUGGUGGAUGCCGGCGAGGUCAAACUGACAGCCAAAGACUUCCAAACUCAGGCUCAGCUUAUUGUCAGAGAGCCUCCGGUUGAGUUCACAAAGCCUCUGGUGGACCAGACUGUGGAGGAAGAGGCCAAUGCUACCCUUGAGUGUGAAGUUUCCAGAGAGAAUGCAGAAGUACGAUGGUUUAGAGAGGGUCAGGAGAUCAGGAAGACCAAGAAAUAUGACUUGAUCACUGACGGCCGGAAAAGAGGCCUCAUCAUUCACGACUGCUCUCCUGAUGAUGCCAAGCUGUACACAUGUGAUGCUAAAGAGUUUAAGACUUCCUGCUUCCUGGAAGUGACACCUCCUUAUGUGGAGUUUACAAAACCUCUACAGGAUGUGGAGGUCAGAGAAAAGGAAUCCGCUAAAUUUGAAUGUGAAGUAUCUCGAGAGUCUGCCAAGGUUUCCUGGUUUAAGGAUGGCAGUGAAAUCCGGAAAGGAAAGAAGUAUGAGAUUAUUGCAAAGGGAGUCCAGAGAAUCCUUAUAAUUCAUAAGUCACUGUUUGAUGAUGAGGCUGAGUAUGAAUGUGAUGCCAGAACCUCCAAGACCUCUGGCAUUCUCACUGUUAUCGAGGAAGCUGCCAGGUUCACCAAGAACCUGUCCAAUGUGGAGGGAACAGAGACGGACAGCAUGAAAAUGAUAUGCGAAGUGUCAAAGGCUGAUGCCGAAGUCUCCUGGUACAAAGGGGAUGAGGAGCUCCCAGAGGGAGGUCGCUAUGACCAGAUUGUUGAGGGACGGAAGAGGAUCUUGAUCAUUCAUGACCUGAAGAUGGAAGAUUCUGGAGAGUACAACUGCAGGCUGAGUGAAGCUGUCAGGACGUCUGCCCUGCUUAAAAUCAAUGAGCUCGCUGCUGAGUUCAUUGCUCGUCCCCAAAACCAGGAGGUGGUUGAGGGUGAGAAGGCAGAGUUUGCCUGUUCGGUGUCCAAAGAUACAUAUGAAGUGAGGUGGUUCUUGGGGGACAAAGAGAUCCAAGCUGGGGACAAAUACACCAUCAUCAGUGAAGGAAAAAGGAGGGCUCUCAUUGUCAAAAACUGCAGUCUGAAGGAUGAGGGGAACUAUGUAGCCCACAUUGGAAGCAUCAAGGCCUCCGCUGGUCUCUUUGUAAUAGAAAAACUACGGAUCAUCACACCGAUUAAAGACACAGACGUGAAAGAAGGAAGUGAGAUUGUCUUCAACUGCGAGACAAACACAGAGGGAGGAAAAGCUAAGUGGCUGAAAAAUGAAGAGACCAUUUUUGAGAGCAGCAAAUACAUGAUAUCUCAGAGAGACAACGUCUUCUCUCUGAGGAUCAAAGAUGCCCAAAAGGGGGAUGAGGCCAGCUACACCAUCAGUCUGACCAAUCACAGAGGAGAACAUGCCAAGUGCAUCGCCAUUGCCAAAGUGGCAGAAGAGAAAAUUAAAUUCAUGGAACCCAUUGAAGACAUUGAAACUCAAGAGAAGAAGACAAUCAGCUUUGUUUGUAAGGUGAAUCGGCCCGAUGUAACAGUGAGGUGGUUAAAGGUCGGCGAGGAGGUCAAGCUCAGCAAACGCCUGGUAUAUAGAACCGAUGGCCUCAAACAUACUCUGACCAUCAAGGACUGUGUCAUGGAAGACGAGGGUGAAUACACGGCUGUUGUUGGAGACAACAAGUGCUCUGCAGAGUUGAUCAUCAGUGAGGCCCCAACAGACUUUUCAACACAGCUGAAAGACCAGACCAUCACAGAGUUUGAGGAUGCAGAGUUCACUUGCAAGCUAAGCAAGGAGAAAGCUGCCGUAAAAUGGUACAGGAAUGGACGAGAGAUCAGAGAAGGACCCAGGUAUCACAUGGAAAAAGAUGGCAAGACAUGUAGAUUGGUAAUAAAGGUGUGCAGACCUGAUGAUGAAUGUGAAUAUGCCUGUGGCUUGGAAGAAAGGAGGUCAAGAGCAAGACUCUUUGUAGAAGAGACCCCAGUGGAGAUCGUCAGACCUCCACAGGACAUGUUUGAGCCUCCAGGCUCAGAUGUUGUAUUUGAAGUUGAACUUAACAAGGACCGAGUGGAAGUGAAGUGGAUGAGAAACAACAUGAUCAUUGUCCAAGGGGACAAGUACCAGAUGAUUAGUGAAGGAAAGAUACACAGGUUACAAGUCUGUGAGAUCAGACCUAGAGAUCAAGGAGAGUACAGGAUUGUGGCCAAAGAUAAAGAUGCCCGAGCCAAACUGGAGCUGGCAGCCAUUCCAAAGAUCAAAACCACCGACCAGAACCUGGUGACGGAUGCUGGGAAACCCUUUGUCAUGAGUGUGCCCUACGAUGCCUACCCACGGGCCAAUGCUGAGUGGUUUUUUCAGGAUAAGUGUCUGGCUGUUCAGAACAUUGACACCUCCUUGGACAAGACAGAGUACCGUCUAAAGAGACCCUGUAAGGAGGAUCAGGGCAGAUAUAAAGUAAUCAUCAAAAACAAGCAUGGAGAGGGAGAAGCCAUCAUCAACCUGGAAGUGAUUGAUGUCCCUGGACCCAUCAAGAACCUGAGAGUUGUAGACACAGCAGAUAAUGAAGUCAGUUUAGCCUGGGAUGAGCCUGAGAGUGAUGGGGGCAGCAAGAUUGUCUCCUAUGUUGUUGAAAGGCGUGAUGUAAAGCGUAAAACUUGGACCAUGGCAACAGAUCGUGCCGAUAUUCCCGAGUACUGUGUCAGUGGUCUCCAGAAAGAAUCUAUGUACCUUUUCAGAGUUUGUGCUCGUAACAGAGUUGGGAGUGGACCAAGUGUUGCCACUGAGGAAGCUGUUCAGCCCAAAAACAAAUUUGAUGUUCCAGAUGCUCCAGAGGUUUCUAUUGGUGUGGUGAACAGGUUUGGUGCCACCGUUACCUGGGAACCUCCCUCAUUUGAUGGUGGAUCAGAGAUUUCAGCCUAUGUGAUUGAACUACGUGACAGGACAUCUGUGAAGUGGGAGGCAGCAUUGGUUUGUAGUGCCAAUGACCGCUCUGCCACACUGAACGAUGUGGUGGAGCACAAGGAAUACAUCUUUAGAGUCCGAGCUGAAAACAAGGCUGGCAUUGGCAGGCCCAGUGCUGCUACCAACCCCGUGAAGAUCAUGGAUCCAAUAGAGAGACCAAGUCCACCUCUAAAUUUUAAUUUUAAUGAUCAAAUAAAAUCAGCAGUCACUCUGACCUGGGAGACACCUGUGAGCAAUGGUGGCAGUAUGAUCACCGGUUACAUUAUUGAGAAAUGUGAUGAGGGUACUGACAAGUGGCUGCGCUGCAAUGCUAGGCUGUGUCCUGACCUUUUCUACCGGGUUUCUGGACUUAAGCCUGGUCAAAGAUAUCUUUACAGAGUUUUUGCUGAAAAUGCAGCUGGAGUUUCUAAUCCAACCGAACAACUUGGACCACUUCAUGCUGAUGACCCACAUGUGGGUCCAACUUUCGAUCUGAGUGGAUUCAGAAAUGGUUUGGAGGUCAUUGUCCCUCAGCCUCUCACAAUCAGAGUUCCCAUUACUGGGUAUCCAACUCCAACCCCUAAGUGGGUGUUUGGGGAAGCAGAGUUGACCACAGCAGCUGAGCGGAUUGCUAUGGUGACAAAACCCACGUUCACAGAACUGACCAUCUCUCCGAGUGUUCGCCCAGACAAAGGAACCUACACCCUACAACUGGAGAAUGAUGUCUCAUCGGUGUCUGGGGAGAUUGAAGUCAACGUUAUUGCCUGCCCCAGUGCACCAAAGGACUUCAAAGUAGCAGAAGUAACACGACACCACGUCCAUUUGAUGUGGGAGCCACCGGAUCAUGAUGGAGGAAGUCAAGUCACACAUUAUCAGAUUGAGAAGAGAGAAGUGUCUCGCAAGACCUGGGCCAAGGUGGCAACCAAUGUGAUGGACCUGGAACACACAGUGACUGAUGUACUAGAAGGAAAAGAGUAUCUGUUCAGUGUGACAGCCUACAACAAGUGUGGGCCUGGAGAACCAGCAUACAUUGAUGAUCCUGUCAACGUCUCCUCACCUGCCACUGUACCUGAUCCACCUGAAAACCUCAAGUGGCGAGACAAGAGUGCCAAGAGCAUCUUCCUCUCUUGGGAACCUCCCAAGUAUGAUGGAGGUGCACCUAUUAAAGGAUAUGUGGUGGACAAAUGCCAGCGUGGUACAGACAAGUGGGAAGCGUGUAGCGACCCCAUCCCUGAACUGAAAUUCCAGGUGACUGGCUUAGUUGAGGGCCAGUGGUAUGCCUACAGAGUGAGAGCUCUCAAUAAGCUGGGGGCCAGCAGGCCAUGCAGAGCAACGGAUGAGAUCCAAGCUGUGGAUGCAAGAGAUCCUCCAGAAAUCCAGCUAGACGUAAAGCUGCUUGCUGGUCUGACUGCUAGAGCCGGUUCAAAGAUUGAGCUUCCUGCAGAUGUCAAAGGAAAGCCUGAACCUCGUAUAAAGUGGACGAAGGCUGAUCUGGUUUUGCGAGCCGAUGACCGCAUUGCCAUUGACUGCCAGCCAGGACACUCAAAGCUUUCCAUCAGCAACACCACCAGAGGAGACACUGCCACCUACAUCAUUGAGGCUGUCAAUCUCUGUGGGCGUGCCACAGCCACCAUCGAUGUCAACAUUCUUGACAAACCUGGGCCUCCAGCUGCCUUUGAUAUCUCGGAGAUCACAAAUGAAUCCUGUGCCCUUGCCUGGAACCCUCCCAGAGACGAUGGUGGCUCCGCUAUUACCAAUUACAUUGUGGAAUGCCGUCAAACAGAUAAAGAAGAGUGGGUCAAGCUGUCUGCAACAGUGAAGAACACCACUUUUAAAGCUUGCAAGCUCGCACCUUUAAAAGAGUACAUAUUUAGAAUCAGUGCUGAGAAUCAGUUUGGCAUUGGCACACCUGAAGAGCAUGCACCCAUUAUUGCAAAGUAUUCAUUUGAUCCCCCAGGUCCUCCAUCUAGAGUCACUCCCUCUGAUAUUGCCAAGGAUGCAGUGACUCUCUCCUGGUUUGAACCAGAUGAGGAUGGUGGCAGUCCUAUCACUGGAUAUUGGAUUGAGAAGUUUGAUCCAGAGAGCGACAAGUGGAUUAGAUGCAACAAAUUACCUGUCAAGGACACAUCUUUCAGGGUGAAAGGACUUCCAACCAAGAAAAAGUAUCGCUUCCGUGUCCUGGCAGAGAAUUUGGCUGGGCCAGGAAAACCAAGUUUAGAGACUGAUCCUGUUCUUAUCAAAGAUCCCAUUGAUCCUCCUUGGGCACCAGGCAAACCCGUUGUCAGAGAGAUUGGCAAGACCUCUGCCUUGCUGGCAUGGACACGGCCAGAGCAUGAUGGUGGAGCUAAGAUUGAGGGCUACAUUGUUGAGUUCCAGAAGACUGGAAGCGAGGAAUGGAUCCAUAUUGCAGAAGAUGUUCCUCAAACUGAGCACCAGCUGCAGGGUCUGAUGGAGAAGCAGGAGUACUCUUUCAGGGUCAAAGCUGUCAACAAGGCUGGUGAGAGUGAACCCAGUGAGCCCAGUGACCCAGUGGUGUGCAAAGAGAGACUUUACCCUCCAUCUGCACCACAGUGGUUGGAGGUGACCAACAUUACUAAGAUUAAUGCUGAUCUGAAGUGGCAAGUUCCAAGCAGUGAUGGAGGCUCACCCAUUACCAACUACGUUGUGGAAAAAAGGGAUGUGAGAAGGAAAGCAUGGCAAACUGUAGACACAACUGUCAAAGAGCUGAAGUACACUGUAACUCCACUCAACGAGGGGUCUCUGUAUGUCUUCCGCGUUGCUGCAGAAAACGCUGUGGGCAUGAGCGAAUUCUGUGAGCUAGAGGAUGCAGUGCUUGCCAAAGACACAUUUACAACUCCUGGACCUCCAUACGCCCUGACUGUGGUGGAGGUGACAAAGAGACAUGUGGAGCUGAAAUGGGAACCUCCCAAAAGCAAUGGUGGAAGACCCAUUACCAAGUAUGUGAUAGAGAAGAAAGAGAAAGUUGGAACACGAUGGUUAAAGUGCUGCAAAACUCCAGACAGGCAGACUCAGUUCAAAGUGAUGGAUGUUGAUGAGGGAUCCGAGGUGCAGUUCCAGGUGCGAGCUGAGAAUGAAGCUGGAGUUGGAGAUCCGAGUGAACCAACUGUAAUCCUCACUAUUGAAGAUCCAACUAGCCCUCCAUCUCCUCCUUUGGAAGUGGCUGUUAUAGAUGCCAGCAGGGAACAUAUUAAUGUCACCUGGAAACCUCCAGCAAAGGAUGGCGGCUGCCCUGUGACUGGAUACCAUGUUGAGGUUGCAGAAGCCCGUCCAGAGCUCAAGUGGCUAAGAGUCAACAGCAGACCUAUAAAGGAGCUCAAAUUCCAGAUUGAUGAUGGAAUCAAACCAGAGAAGAAGUAUGUGAUCAGAAUUCGAGCCAUCAAUGUCAUUGGAGUUAGUGAUCCCUCUGAGAUCUCUGACAAAGUAUCCACCAAGGACCCUGACUGUGCUCCAACAAUGGAUUUGGAGGCGCAGGAUGUGAUUGUAAUUGAGGGUGAGAAGCUACACUUAAACAUCCCAUACAAAGCCAUUCCUAUACCAAAGAUGGUUUGGCAAAAGGACUCAGUGGAAUGUAAAGCAGAGGAAAGGCUAUCAAUGACUGUAGAGAUGAACAGCGCUCAUCUUGAAUUGCUUAAGUGCACACGUGCUGACGCUGGUUCCUACACAAUAACACUGGAGAACAGUCUGGGAACUGCUACAGGGACUAUUAAUGUCAAAGUUAUUGGAAUCCCUGGGAAAUGUAAAGACAUUUCCUCCAGUGAUGUCACCAAGAAUUCCUGUCAAAUCAGCUGGGGAGCACCAGAAGAUGAUGGUGGCACACCAAUUGUCAGUUACACCCUGGAGCGCCGUGAGGCAUCCAAGAAAACAUACAUGCCUGUCAUGUCAGGAGAGGAUAUCCUAACUUUCACAGUCAAAGAACUUUACAUCAAUUGUGAGUACUACUUUAGAGUAAAGGCUGUGAACAAGGUCGGGGCUGGGGAUUACCUGGAGCUGCAAAACCCAGUCAUCACAGAGGAAAUCAAACAGAAGCCAGACCCACCCAUCCAAGUUGAGGCUCACAGUCCCACAUCUAAAUCCAUCACAGUCACAUGGAAGGCUCCAGACUAUGAUGGCGGCUGUCCUAUCCAGGGCUAUGUUGUGGAAAAGAUUGAGAAGGACGGAAACAGCUACGAGAAGGUCACAACAAGUCUGGUACCUGGUUUCUCCUAUGUGGUAACGGGCCUAAAAGAAGAAACUGAGUAUCAGUUUAGGGUCCGAGCUGAGAAUGCUGCCGGAGUUAGUGAGCCAUCUCGCAGCACACCGCUCAUGAAGGCUGCAGAUCCUGUUGAAAAACCAACCGUUUCUCUACAUCUCUGCGUGCAAUCUGGUGUAUGCGUCAAGAAGGGAGAGGAAAUACGCAUCGAUGCUUAUGUCUCUGGGUCUCCAUAUCCAAAAGUCACCUGGUUAAAGAAUGAUGAGGAUGUCACCAAAGAGCCCAGCAAGAAGGCCAUUCCUGUUCUCAUAAAGAAGAAGACCAAGGCUAAGGUUCCAGAACCAGAGGAAGAGUUUGUGACCCCCUUGCAUGAGCGUCUUGGUUUGGAUCAGACCAAAAAAGGCCUGUCUGCACUGAUGAUCCGUGAUGCUGUCAGAGUAGAUCAUGGCAACUUCACCAUCAAGGUGGAAAACACUCAUGGUUUUGCCACCGCCACCUGCAAUGUCAAUGUCUUGGACAAACCCGGCCCUCCUAUCAACUUUUCAUUUGACGAGAUAAGGAACACUUCAGUCAUUUGUAACUGGGAGCCUCCCGAGGACGAUGGUGGCAGUGAGAUCCUGAACUACAUUCUGGAGAAGAAGGACAACAAGAAUGAUGAGAUUGGCUGGAUCACAGUCACAUCCACCCUCAAGGGAACCAGCUUCCCUGUCACAAAGCUAAUUGAAGGGAAGGAGUACAUCUUCAAGGUUACUGCUGAGAACAAAUAUGGCUGUGGCCGCCCGUGCUUCUCAGAGCCACUCCUAGCAAAAAAUCAGUUUAAUCCUCCUGAUGCUCCCAACACCCCCAGAGUUCAUGAGGUGACAGCCAGCACUGCCCACAUCUCCUGGCAUGAGCCGAAGGAUAACGGCAGCCCCAUUCUCGGCUACUGGAUUGAAAGGAAGGAAGUGAACAGCAAACACUGGACCCGAGUAAAUCGCGCCCUCCUCAGCUCUCUGGAUGUGAAGGUCACCGGGUUAAUGGAAGGGCUGACAUAUAUCUUUAGAGUUUGUGCAGAGAACUUGGCUGGGCCUGGACCAUUCAGUGAACCCAGUGAUCGCAUCGUAGCCAUGGAUGCCAUUCUUCCUCCUGGUCCCCCUACUCCAUGGGUUGUGGACACUGGAAAUACCACUGUUACCUUGGCCUGGAAGGCCCCUCUGUACAAUGGAGGAGGCGACAUUUUAGGCUACCAUGUUGAAAAGGUUUUGGCUGGAAACAAAGACUGGAGCCGGUGCACAGAGUUCCGGUGUAAGGAACUUACAUACACCGUUACAGACCUCACUGAAGGAGCAGAUUAUUAUUUCCGAGUCGUCGCUGUUAAUGAUGCCGGCCCUGGAGCUCCUGGUGUUACAGAACCGGUCACAGUCAAAGAGCCUCAAGAGCCCCCUGCUGUGGAAUUUGACGACUCAGUAAAAAAUGGCCUCAUACUUAAAGCUGGAGAUCUUCUAAAACUUCCUGCUGUGGUGACAGGCCGACCUCAACCAGAGGUCAAAUGGACCAAAGAUGAGUCUGAAGUUGACAAAGAAAGGGCAGUAAUUGAGACAGAGGGCAAGAACAGCGUGCUUUUAAUCAAGAAGGUGGUGAGGGCAGAUCAUGGAAGGUACCAAAUCACUGGUACCAACAGCAGUGGGUCCAAGAUUGCAGAGACAAGGGUGGACGUUAUGGAUGUACCUGGACCCGUGGUUGACCUGAAGACAGUCUUGGUUACCAAGAAGAACAUGAUUCUCACAUGGUCCGAUCCUCUGGACAAUGGAGGCAGUGACAUCAUUGGCUAUGAGGUACUGAGGAAAGACACCAAGAUGAAACUUUUCCGUCAGCCCAUUGAGACUGCAUCCUGCAAGUGUGAUGUUCAAGGCCUGCUGGCUGGUGAGGAGUAUGACUUUAGAGUCAUUGCCAGAAACAAGUUUGGGGAUGGAGUUCCAGCAGACCUGGGUCCAAUCUUAGCCGAAGAUCCAAAAGGCACUCCAUCUGCCCCUGAGAAACUACAUUACACUGACAGAAGCAAGACCACCAUCACACUGGCCUGGCUACCUCCUCGCACUGACGGUGGCAGCCCCAUUAGGGGAUACUACGUUGAAAAGAUGAGGUCUGACAGCACAGAGUUUGACGUGGCCAAUCGAAAAAUCUUCACAGAGUGCUGUGGAUCUAUUGAAAAUCUCUCCGAGGGGCAAGAGUACGAGUUCCGAGUCAAAGCAGUGAAUGAAGUUGGAGAUGGAGAGCCCUCUAAGCCGAUUACCGCCAAAAUCCAGGAUGAUGAAAUUGCUCCAGUUAUUUCAGUCUUGAAGUUCUUCAAGAGCAACGCAAUCACCGUGAGGAAAGGAGCCGCCAUUGACAUCCCAGCUGAGGUGCUGGGACUUCCACAGCCAACACUUCACUGGAUGAAGGAUGGCGAGAAGAUAGAGAAAACAGAGGACAACAAAGUGAUGAUGGAGACAGAGGAGGUGAACCGAACAACCCAGAGAACAAAGAUUGCCAUCUCAGAAACCACCAGACAGGACAAAGGAAACUACAAGCUGCUAGCUGAAAACUGUCAUGGCAAAGCUCACCAUGUGAUCAGGGUCGAGAUCCUCGACCGUCCACUUCCUCCAAAGAAUAUCAGGGUCUCUGAGAUUACUGCAGUCUCAUGUUACCUGACAUGGGAUGCUCCGGAGGAUAACGGAGGAAGUGACAUCACCAACUACAUUGUGGAGUACAGAGAUGCAAGCAAGAAAAAAUCAGAUUUUGAUGUUUUAACCAUCAAUCUUAUUGACAGACGAUAUGGGGUCUACAAACUGGACUUAAACGGAGUUUAUCAGUUCCGCAUCAAAGCAGAGAACAAGUAUGGUGUUAGCGAUGGCUGUGACUCAGAGAGGGUUCAACUAAAAGAUCCUUUUGGACUCCCUGGACCCCCACGUAACCCUAAAAUCAUUGCAGCCACAGCAACCACCAUGAACUUGACCUGGGAUCCUCCCCUGGACAAUGGUGGUUCUACCAUUCAGGGAUACUGGCUGGAGAAGAGGGAGCGGGGUGCUGUAUAUUGGGGUCGGGUCAAUCGCUGUCCAGUCACCAAGCCUGCAGUGAAGGGCUUGCAGUACACAGUGCUGAAGCUCAUAGAAGGUACAGAGUACCAGUUCAGAGUCUCAGCCUCCAACGCUGCAGGAGUUGGACCACCCAGUGAGCCCACUGAGUGCCGUUUUGCCCUGGACCCCUGCAACCCUCCAAGUCCUCCAGGAGCCCCACAGGUUAUAGACAAGACCAAGAGCAGCAUCACUUUGACCUGGAGCCCCCCUGACAAAGACGGUGGCAGUCCAAUCAAGGGUUACAUCAUUGAGGUUCAUGAAGAGGGUUCUCCUGAUUGGAGGAAGGUGAACGCUGCAGACAAGCUCCACCCAUCCUGUGAAAUCACAGUUCCCGAUCUAAAGGAAGGCAAGAAGUGCAAGUUCAGGAUUUAUGCAGUGAAUGCUGCCGGCAACUCUGAGCCUGCCAAGACCGCUGACAUUCUGGUUCAGGAUAUCCUAAUUGAACCCACAGUGAGCCUGGAUGUGAGCGCUCAUGACCUGCUUUACUGCAGAGCAGGAACCACCGUCAAAAUUCCAGUCACCAUCACUGGGCGACCUGUGCCCAAAGUCACAUGGACCUUUGUGGAUGGAACUGCCGAGACCGAAAAGAAGAAUGAACUUCAUACUCUGCCGACUGACUCUGAGGUCCACUCAACAGACACAACCUCCAUGGUGGUGAUCCCCGAAAGUAGACUGAGCCACAGUGGCCGAUACAUCAUCAAUGCAGAGAGUCCUGCUGGACACAAAGUAGUCAAAAUUAGAGUUACUGUGCUUGACCUUCCUGGACCUCCCAGAGAUCUGAAGGUCAGUGAUGUGACAAGAGGCACCUGCAGACUCACCUGGAAGUCUCCAGAGAAUGAUGGAGGGGAGAGGAUCAAAAGCUACUACAUUGAGAAGAAGACAGUGGAGGGCAAAGCCUGGACCAAGGUAAACCCAACAUGUGCCGCUCAGUCUUUGGUAGUCCCCGAUCUUAUAGAGGGUCAGGAGUAUCUGUUCCGCAUUCGUGCUGAGAACCGCUUUGGGUCUGGACCCUUUGUCGAGACUAUCCAGAGAACCAAAGCCAGAGAUCCCAUUCAUCCUCCUGACCCUCCAACAAGGCUGAAGAUUCAGGGCAUUAGGAAGGGCACGGUGACUCUGGCCUGGAAGGCUCCAAAGAAUGAUGGUGGUUCUCCCGUUACCCACUACAGCAUAGACCUUCUUUGUUGGGAUUCCAGUGGCUCACAGAAGGAGUCCUGGAGGAGGUGUAACAGAAGAGAUGUGGACACUACCCACUUCAAGGUAGAAGACCUGACAGAUGGAGAUGAGUAUGAAUUCAGGGUAAUAGCUUACAACGAAGUUGGGCCCAGUCGACCAUCAUCCACUGCUGGACCGAUCACCAUCCAGGACCAGACGUGUGCUCCAUCUAUUGAGCUGAACGAGUUUAUGGAAACUGAACAAGGCUGUGACAUCAGCAUUGUGGCCAAAAUCCGUGGAUGUCCUUUCCCGACUCUCACUUGGUACAAGGCACCCCCCCACCAGCCCGACAACAAAGUGGAAGUCCAAUAUGACGAGCACAUCAACAAGAUAGUGUCAGACGACAGCUGCAUGCUGCUUAUCCAGCAGGGGAAACGCCCUGACACAGGGCUGUACACGUUGGUGGCCUCCAACAACAUCGGCAAAGCUUCCAAGGAGAUGAGACUAAAUGUGCUCGGUCGCCCUGGUCCUCCCUCUGCUCCAAUCAAGUUUGAAGAAAUUGGAGCUGAAAGGAUUACACUCUCAUGGCUUCCUCCCAAGGAUGAUGGUGGCUCUAAAGUCACAAAUUAUGUCAUUUGGAGAAGGGUGGCCAACAGAAAGACCUGGGUGCCUGUCACCAGUGAGCCCAGAGAGCGAACUUGGACAGUAGAGAACCUCAUGCAAGGUCAUGAAUAUGUGUUUCGCAUCAUGGCACAGAACAAGUAUGGAGUGGGAGAGCCCCUGGACAGUGAGCCUGAGAUUGCCAGAAACCUCUUCACGGUCCCAGGUCAGUGUGAAAAGCCAGUAGUAACAAACAUUACCUUGGAUUCCAUGACCCUUAACUGGGAGGAGCCAGAGGAUGAUGGUGGUGCUCCAAUCACUGGCUACUGGCUGGAGCGCAAAGAGACUACUGGCAAACGGUGGGCCCGUGUAACCCGGGACCCAAUUCGUCCCACUGGCCUUGGCGAGUCAUUUGUCAUUAGUGGGCUCAUUGAAGGAUCACAGUACAUAUUCAGAGUUUCUGCCAUCAAUGCAGCAGGACCAGGACUCACUAGCCCCCCAACAGAUCCAAUUUUUGCCAGGGAUCCCAUUACCCCACCCUCUCCCCCAACCCCAAGGGUUUAUGACUGGACAAGUUCCACAGUGGACCUUGAAUGGAUCCCGCCUCUGAAGGAUGGAGGCUCUAAGAUCAUUGGUUACUGGGUGGAACACAAGGAGGAGGGGACUGAGGGCUGGGUCAAGGCAAAAGACUCUAUAAUCCGAGGAACUCGCUAUGUAAUCACUGAUCUGAAAAAAGGUAAACAGUACAGGUUCAGAGUGACAGCUGUAAAUGCUGGUGGAACUGGAGAGCCAGGAGAAGUCCCAGAGCUACUUGAGGUUGAUGACAGAACCAUUGCUCCUGAGGUUGAGCUAGACGCCACAGUGAAGGAGAGGAUUGUGGUCCACGCUGGUGGUGUGAUCCGCAUCAUUGCCUAUGUAUCUGGCAGGCCGUCGCCUGAUGUGACAUGGAGCAGAGACGGAGCCGCCCUCCCUCCUGAGGCUAAAGUGGAGACAACCGCUAUAAGCUCUUCACUUGUCAUUAAACCUAGUCUCAGGAGGCAUCUUGGCAUCUACACAUUGACUGCCAAAAAUGCUGGAGGGGAGAAAACCAAAAACAUCACAGUUGAAGUUCUAGAUGUACCUGGACCUGUGGGCAUCCCAUUUAUUGCUGACAACCUAAGCAUAGAUUCAUGCAAGCUCAGCUGGUUUUUCCCUGAAAAUGAUGGCGGUUCGCCAAUCAGCAACUACAUAAUUGAAAAACGUGAGGCUGACCGCAAAGCCUGGACUUCGCUCUCUUACACUGCCAGCAGACAGAAUGCUGUGGCUCAUGGUCUGACUCUAGGAAAGGCAUACUUUUUCAGAGUGGCUGCAGAGAAUGCCAUUGGCAUUGGACCUUUUAUGGAAACUGCUGCUGAACUCAUUAUCAAGGAGCCAAUUAGUGUACCUGAUCGUCCCGAGGAACUUGAAGUCACCAAAGUUACCAAAGAUUCAAUUAGCGUAACAUGGAAAGCACCAAAGUUUGAUGGAGGAUCUGAGGUCACAAUGUACAUCCUGGAGGCUCGCAUGAUUGGCAAAGACAAGUUCAACAGACUGACCAAGGACAAGUUGAUGGAAAAGAAGUUUAUGUGUGAUGGCCUGAGGGAAGGUGACACUUUUGAAUUCAGGGUCAUUGCUGUCAAUGAAGUUGGACCCAGCAAACCAUCGUUCUCUACUAAACCAAUCACUUGCAAGGAUGAACUGGAGCCACCAACAAUUGAGCUGGACUUCCGGGACAAGAUUAUCAUCCGCGUGGAGGAGAGCUGUCUGCUUCAGGGGCGUUACACUGGAAAGCCUCCACCAACUAUCACCUGGUUUCGGGAUGAUGAUGAGCUGAAAGCUGACAAGCAUAUCAUGUUCAAGAACACAGCAACCACUAUGUCACUGGGUCUGAUGAAGGCAAAGCGCGACCACAGUGGCAAAUAUGUGGUGGUGGUGGAAAACAGUACUGGAUCCAGAAAAGGAGUCUGCAAUGUCACAGUUGUCGAUCGGCCAACUCCUCCCGUCGGCCCUGUGGUGUUUGAGGAAGUGCACAGGGACCAUAUGGUGGUCUCCUGGAAACCCCCACUGGACAGCGGAGGUGUCGAUGUCUCAAACUAUAUAAUAGAAAGAAGAGACAUUAACAGAGAAAUCUGGACAACAGUAACAUCUGCCACUACCAAGACAACCUGCAAGAUCCCCAAACUGACAGAAGGCAGAGAAUACAUAAUCAGAAUCUCUGCUGAGAAUAUGUAUGGAAUUAGUGAGCCACUGGAAUCUGAGGAGAUGAAAGCCAAAGAUCUUUUCAGAGUCCCAGAAGCCCCUGAGAUGCCAAUAGUCAGAGAGGUAUAUGCUACCAAUGCCCUAGUGCUGUGGAAUCGACCUCGGGAUGGAGGAAAACCUAUUCUCAAUUACGUACUUGAAAAGAAGGAGCCUGGAGCAAAGCGAUGGUCAAGAGUCACCAGAGAAACCCUCUACCCAGCCACACAGUACAGAGUUCAGGAUCUGGUGGAAGGCUGCGAGUAUGAAUUUAGGGUGAUGGCUGAGAAUGAACUUGGAACUGGUGAUCCCAGUGUCCCCUCAAAACCCAUUCUUGCAAAAGAUCCCAUCGUACUCCCCAGCCCUCCAGUGACCCCUGAGGCUUAUGAUAAGACCAAAGAUUCCGUCAGCCUGAAGUGGCAAAUGCCACGCCAUGAUGGAAAAGGACGAAUCUUUGGUUACAUCAUUGAAUUCCAAAAACCGGGUUCAGUUGAGUGGACUCAAGCUAACGAGACCCCAGAUCAAUGUCCUGAUCUCCACUAUGUCGUGACAGGUUUGGCUGAUGGCCAAGAGUAUACUUUCAGGAUCUUUACUGUCAAUGCUGCUGGAAAAUCUGACCCUGCUUAUGUGAAACAGAACAUCAAGGUUCAUGAGAGACUAGAGGAACCAGAGUUACUACUGGAUGGUAACAUGGCACGUGACCACUUAGCCAUGGUUGGCACUGAUAUCACCCUUAGUGCAACAAUUAAGGGUGUACCAACUCCAACAGUAAGCUGGAGCAAGAAUAAUGAAGCUGUUCCUGCUCACGUUUCUGUUGUAGUCACUGCUUCAGGUAGUAAAGUUUUUAUUACUAAAUGCGUCCGUGCUGACUCUGGCAACUACACUGUCACAGUGGAAAAUCCUGCUGGAAAGAAAUCAGCAACUGUUGCAGUCCUUGUACUGAACAAGCCUUCUCCUCCCAGAGAUCUAACAAUCUCAGAAGUAACAAGUGAGUCUGCAUAUCUGACAUGGAAACCGCCAGAGGACAAUGGUGGUGCGGUCAUUUCUCAUUAUGUUGUACAAAAGAAAGAUGUGGCAGCAGAUCAGUGGGUGCCUGUUGCCCCAGCCAAUAAAAAGCUGAGUUUAAUGGCCAUGUACUUGAUGGAAGGCAUCCAGUAUCUUUUCAGAGUGGCUGCUGAAAACCAAUUUGGUAGAAGUGACUUCACUGUCACCAAGACACCAAUUAAGGCUCUUGAUCCUCUCUAUCCACCUGGCCCACCAAAGGACCUGCACCACACUGAUACAGACAAGACAGAGGUUUGGUUGGCUUGGGAGUGGCCAGAUCGCACUGGUGGAAGUGAAAUUACUGGCUUCAUUGUGGAGUACCAAGAAGAAAGUCAGACUGACUGGACCACUUUCAAGACUGUUAGCAACAACCACUCCCAUGUGACAGGUUUAGUGGAGGGCAAAACUUACCGCUUCAGGGUUAAGGCUCAGAAUGCCAUAGGUGUAAGUCGUCCUGACACAAGUGUCCCAGUCACUUGCCAAGAGAAGACAUUGCCACCCACCAUUGAAGUUGAUGUGAAGCUCAUAGAAGGACUUGUUCUAAAAUCUGGCAGCACUAUCGCUUUGCCAGCUAAGAUGAUGGGUAUACCACUUCCAACUGCUAAGUGGAUGACCGAUUGCAAAGAAAUAACAAAUGAGGGGAGAUAUCACAUUGAAACUGUUGAAUCUUCAACCAAUCUCAGAAUUUCUGACUGUCAAAGGGCAGACACUGGAGAGUAUGUCCUCACUGUUUCCAAUCCAGCUGGUAGUAAGACAGUUGCUCUUCAUGUCACUGUGCUGGAUAUACCAGGACCACCAAUUGGGCCCAUAAAUAUCUUGGAAGUUACCCCAGAUUACAUGAUGAUUCAGUGGAGGGCACCAAAGGAUGAUGGUGGCACUCCUGUCACCAACUAUGUUGUGGAAAAGAAGGAUGUGAAGAAACCAUGGGAGCCCUGGUCUGUUGUUAGCUCAAGUGGCACCAGUACUAAAGCUAAAGUGUCAAGGUUGGAAAAGGGUCGUGAGUAUGUUGUCCGUGUUCGUGCUGAGAACAAGAUUGGCAUUGGUGCCGGGCUUGAAAGUCCACCCACUAUUGCAAAACACUUGUUCAAUCCACCUGGUCCCCCAGGUCCUCCAGAAUGUUCGGACAUUACAGAAAAUGCAGUUACAUUAGAAUGGGCUUUACCUGAAUAUGACGGAGGUAGCCCCAUCAGUGGCUAUGUAAUUGAACGCAGAGAAAUGACAGGAAAGUGGAUUCGUGUCAACAAAACUCCUGUGCUGGACCUAAGAUAUAGAGUUUCUGGUUUAUUUGAAGGCAAUAUCUAUGAGUUUAGAGUAUUUGCAGAAAACGUUGCUGGCAUUAGUGAACCUUCUCUUACAUCGGAUCCUAUCAAGGCAACUCGUGCUAUCACUAAACCCGGACCUCCAGGUAAUCCUAAACUCAAAGACUGGAGCAAAUCCUAUGCUGACAUCUGCUGGACCAAGCCAACAAGAGAUGGUGGCAGCCCAAUUCUUGGCUAUGUGGUUGAGGCUCAGAAGUCAGGAACAGCCCAGUGGAACAGAAUUAAUAAGGAUCUGAUCAAAAUGUGUGCUUACAGAGUGCCAGGUCUUAUUGAGGGAAUGGAGUACAGAAUACGCAUUAGAGCUGCCAAUCAGGUUGGAGAGAGUGAACCCAGGGAACUGCAUGAGACCAUCCUGGCAAAGGAUAUACUGGUACCGCCCGAAGUUGUUGUUGACGUGUCUUGCCGAGAUGCAUUGACAGUCAGGGCAGGCCAGAUUAUUAGUUUGAUCUGUAGAGUGAAAGGCCGACCAGAUCCAGAGAUUACAUGGACCAAGGAUGCCAGGGCCUUGUCAAGGGAUAAGCGCACAGAGAUUAAUAACAGUUACCCUCUUUGCGAGCUGGUCAUCAGUGAUGCUAUGCGGUCAGAUUAUGGAAAAUAUGCUAUUUUUGCCAAGAACAGCAGUGGACAAGUACAGGCAACUAUUGUGGUCAAUAUUUUGGACAUACCUGGCCCUUGUCAAAAUCUGAAGACAGCCUAUGCAACUAAGAAAUCCUGCAUGGUGUCAUGGGAAAAUCCAGAAGAUAAUGGAGGUACAGAGAUUACACAGUACAUUAUUGAGUGCCGUCAGCCAAGCCAAAGAGGCUGGACUGUGGUCUCCAAUGACUGGACUAAGCGCCUGAUUAAGGCUCCUCUCACAGAAGGUUGUGAGUAUUUCUUUCGUGUUAGUGCAGAGAACAAAAUUGGUGCUGGGCCAUCAACUGAGACUAAAACACCUGUUUUGGCAGUUGAUCCCAUUGAGAAGCCCGGGGAACCCAUCGACUUGCACAUUUCUGAAAUUGGCAAGACUUUCUGUUUCCUUAAAUGGAAAAAACCAGACAAUGAUGGUGGUAGCCGUAACCUAGGUUAUCAUAUAGAAAAGAAACCUAAAGAGGCAGAUGAGUGGGAGAGGAUUCACAAGGGUGCAAUCAAGGAAACGUAUUUUAUGGCUGACAGGUGCAUUGAAAAUCAGAUUUACCAGUUCAGAGUUCAGACUAAGAAUGAAGGAGGAGAGAGUAACUGGGUGACCACAGAUGAGAUAACAGUUAAAGAACAUCUUGAAGAACCUGAGAUCAAAAUUAAACUGGAAGGAGUACUUACAGUUAGGGCAGGAGAUACCAUUGCCAUUGAAGCAACAGUGAAGGGUAAGCCUCAACCAGAUGUCAAAUGGACAAAAGAUGACAGUACUGAAGAGAUUAGAAAGAGCUCCAGGCUUCAAAUUGAGACUGGUGCAGACUUUUCUAAGAUUUUGCUCACUGGUGCUAAACGCACUGACAGUGGGAAAUAUUAUAUAAUGGCUUCUAACAGUGCAGGAUCAUGCUCUGCUAAUGCUGUAGUCAACGUUUUGGACAGAGCUGGCCCCAUUAGGGAUCUUAAAAUUUCUGGUAUUACUGUCGACAGAUGCCAUCUAGCCUGGGAAAUCCCAGAGGAUGAUGGUGGCUGUGAUAUUUACAACUACAUUAUUGAAAAAUGUGAGACCAAAAGAGGGGUUUGGUCUGUACACUCCAACGCCGUCAUCACCAAUAAAGCUAAAGUAACUCGUCUCAUUGAGGGCAACGAGUACAUCUUCAGAGUUCGAGCUGAAAAUAAAAUGGGCCCAGGACCUGCGGUUCAGAGUGACGCAAUUGUUGCUGGUACCCAGUUUAAUGUACCUGAUGCUCCUGAAGUGCCAGAAGUAACUAAGAUUGGCAAGGAAGACAUGACUGUGCAAUGGUCAGAGCCAGAAAAAAAUGGAGGAAAGCCAAUCACAGGGUAUCUGUUAGAGAAGAAAGAAGAACAUGCCAUCAGAUGGACCCUGGUCAAUAAGGAUCCGAUUCCUGGAACUCGUUUCACAGUUAGCGGACUUUUACCUUUGCAUGACUACCAGUACAGAGUAAAGGCUGUCAAUGAAAUUGGCAUUGGCAAUCCAAGCAAGGCAUCUCGUUCCAUCACAGCAAAAGAUGUAGUUGAGCCUCCUGCACCACCAUCUAAUUUAAAGGUUGUGGACAGUACCAAAUCCACAGUAACUCUUAGUUGGUCAAAACCUGUCUCUGAUGGAGGAGCUCCAAUAAUUGGCUAUGUUGUAGAGAUGAGAAUACAGGGGACUGCCAAGAAAGGAGAAGAUGGCUUUAAGAGGUGCAAUGUUGCAGCUCAACUAGUUGUGUGUGAAUUCACUGUCACAAGUCUCAAUGAGAGUCUUGUGUAUGAAUUCCGAGUGUCUGCCCAGAAUCAGGUGGGCAUGAGUCUGGCCUGUAAUCUAGAGAGUCCUGUCAUCCCAAAGGAAAUUCUUGAGGCACCAGAAAUUGAUUUGGAUGCUAGCCUGAAGCAGGGACUGACGGUUAGAGCUGGUUGUCCCAUAAGACUUUGUGCCACAAUCAGAGGGAGGCCCCCUCCCAAGAUCACUUGGAGAAGGAUGGGUGUUGACAAUGUUGUCAGGAAGGGUAAAAUCGAUAUUAUCGACACCAUGACCUUCUUGGUCAUUCCUGACAGCACUCGCGAUGACUCUGGCAAAUAUUGCCUAACUCUACAUAGCCCUGCUGGGGAAAAAGCCGUCUUUGUCAAUGUUAAAGUACUUGAUACUCCUGGACCGGUAAUGAAUCUUGAAGCAACAGACAUUAAACAGACAUCAGCUGUCUUAACUUGGAAUCCUCCAGAGAAUGAUGGUGGCAGUGAGAUAAAAUACUUCAUUGUUGAAAAACGCGUGAUUGACCGCAAGACAUGGGCAUCUGUUAAGGCUGAGGUUCUCCCAGAAAAGAUUCCCUUCAAAGUCAGCAGCCUAAUACCUGGUACUGAAUACUAUUUUAGAGUCACAGCUGUCAAUGAGUAUGGCUCUGGUGUUCCCAAAACGACACAAACUUCCUACCUCGCCACUGAUCCUGUCAGUAAACCAGACCCAUGCGUAAAGAUAGAAGUUCUAGAAAUAACAAAGAAUAGUGCCACAAUUGGCUGGUUAAGGCCAGAAAGAGAUGGUGGUGCUAAAAUUGAUGGUUAUGUAAUUGAAUACAUUGAGGUAAAACCUCCUCCAGAGCCAGUAGUACCUGUUGAGGGCCCUGAAGCAGAGACAGCUCCUGCACCCUCUCCACCUUCUCCUCCAAUAGAGGAGGAAGAAGAGCCAGAACCUGAAAAGGAAAUAUGGAACACCUACACUAGUGUCAAAGGUCUAACAGUUGGUGUUAGUGGCCUUAAAGAGGGAAAGAAGUACAAGUUCCGAGUGGCUGCCAAAAACAUUAUGGGACUGAGCUCAUUUACUGAGACCAGGGAACCAAUUGAGAUCAAGGAACAAAUGGUGGAGCCAAAGAUUGUUAUGCCAGAGACAGCCAGUGCUAGAGCUGGAGCCAAACUAAGAGUGGAGGCACUGGUUUCAGGAAAACCCACACCAGCUUGCAAGUGGAUGCGUGAUGAAAAUCCAGUGGUUCCAUCCAGUCGCCUGGCUGUGCAUCAGUCUGUUAACUUAUGCGUACUUAUCAUCAAAGACGUCUCAAGGACUGAUAGUGGAGAGUAUAGUAUUGUGGCUGAGAACGGUUCAGCAAAAGUGUCCCAGGCACUAAAGAUUGUUAUCAGAGACAUUCCUGGUCCUCCUGAAGGUCCUGUGGAGAUCAGUGACAUUGAUUCUGAUGCUUGCUCCCUCUCCUGGAAUAAACCACUGGAGGAUGGUGGUAGCAACAUUACCAACUACGUGGUUGAGAAAUGUGACAUGAGCAGAGGUGACUGGGUGACAGCAGUGUCAUCUUGCCCAAAGACCAGUUGCAGACUGGGAAAACUUAUUCCGGGAAAAGAGUAUGUAUUCCGGAUCCGUGCUGAAAACCGCUUUGGUGUAUCAGACCCUAUUCAGUCUGACAGGAUGGUUGCCAAGUUUCCCUUUGAUGUCCCAAGUGAGCCUCUCAACUGUCGUAUUAACAAGACCAACAAAGACUGUAUGUUUGUUGCCUGGGAUAAGCCUGAGAGUGAUGGUGGGAGUCCCAUCACUGGUUACUAUAUUGAGAGAAAGGAGAGGAACAGCCUUUUGUGGGUGAAGGCUAAUGACACUGUCGUGCGUACCACUGAGUACCCAUGUGCUGGCCUUAUAGAGGGCCUGGAAUACACUUUUAGAGUGUCUGCCAUCAACCGUGCAGGGCAAGGCAAAGCAAGCAAGAAGACUGACUUUGUAACUGCUAGGACCCCUGUUGACUCUCCAGGUAAACCAGAGGUCCUAGAUGUUACCAAGAACUCUGUUACUUUGGUUUGGACCCGUCCCAAAAAUGAUGGUGGAAGCAAGAUCAUAGGUUAUUAUGUUGAAGCCAUGCGGCUGCCAGGAGACAAUUGGAUUCGCUGCAACACUAGUAGUCAAAACGUUCCAAGGGAGGAGUAUACAGUCACUGGCCUUGAGCGAGAUCUUCAGUACCAGUUUAGAGUCAUUGCCAAAACUGCUGUGAAUAUGAGCAAGCCCUCAGAAACCACCGAACCAAUCCUGGUCUGUGCAGAGAAUGUUCCUCCAAGAGUCGAACUUAACACCAAGAUGCAGAAGGGUUUUAAGAUCAAAGCUGGUACCACAAUUAUUUUAGAGGCUGAUGUGUUUGGCAAACCUAUGCCCAGAGUAACUUGGAAGAGAAACGAUGAUAACUUGAAAUCUGGUGAAGGUCAGUUAAUCACACAGCAGAGGCAUCACUUUCAACUAGAGAUUCCCAAUGUCACCAAAGAACACACAGGUACUUAUACAGUACUGGCUGAGAAUGCCAGUGGUUCCAAGACUGCAGAGAUUCAAGUUAAUGUACUAGACGUGCCUGGCCCUCCUGCCAGUGUCAAAUAUGAUGAGGUGUUUGCCACCAGUGUUAAGUUGUCCUGGGUCCCUCCUUUGAAAGAUGGUGGUGCCCCUAUCAACAACUACAUCAUAGACAAACGUGAAACCAGCAGAGCUAACUGGGCUCAAGUGUCUUCUAAGGUCAAAGGGGACACUCUAGAAUUUAAUGCAGAAAAACUCAUUGAGAAUCAUGAAUACCAAUUCCGAAUUCGUGCCGAAAACAUGUGGGGAGUUGGAGAUGCACUGAUCACCAACCCAGUCAUCACCAAGAAUCCAUUUACCAUUCCUGGUCCAUGUGAAGCCCCAGUGAUUACCAAUGUGACUAAAGAUGGUAUGACUGUGAGUUGGAAGGAGCCUGCUGAUGAUGGAAAGUCCACAAUCUUGGGCUACAUACUGGAAAAGAAAGCAAUCAAAGAAAUCAACUGGACUAAGUUGAACAGGAAGCCUGUAACAGAGAGAGCAUUUGAAGCAACAGGUCUAACAGAAGGAGUUGAAUAUGAGUUCAGAGUCAUUGCCAUCAAUGCAGCUGGACUUGGCAAAUCCAGCGAACCCUCUGCUAGCUGCACUGCUCAAAAUCCCAUUACUCCUCCUGGGCCAGUGUUAAGCCCCAGUGUAACUGACACCACCCAUAGCACCAUCAGUCUGACAUGGACAGCCCCAUCUAACAAUGGAGGAAGCCCUAUUAUUGGGUAUUUGGUGGAAUCCAGAAGGACUGACAGCACUGACUGGAUUCGCUGUAAUGUUCCCAGGAACUUACAGGAGACAAACUAUGUAAUUCAAAAUCUCAUUGAUAAAGCAGAGUACCAGUGUCGUAUCACUGCUGUCAACAAAGUUGGAUUUGGUGAAUCAGUAGAAGUACCUGGCAAACAUGUUGCCAAGGAUAUCAUAGUUGCACCUGAAGCAGAGUUAAGUGCAGAUCUGAAACAAGUCCUAGAACUACAUGCUGGUACCACCAUGAGACUUCAGGCUACCAUCAAGGGUCGUCCCACUCCUCGUGUCACCUGGGCUAAGAUGAAUACCAACAUUAAGGAUCGUCAGGGAAUCAUCAUCAAAUCUAGCAAAAUGGAUACGAUGGUGAUGGUCGAAAAUGUCAACAGAUAUGAUGCUGGCAAAUAUAUUUUGAACCUCGAGAGCUCGGCUGGGAUGAAAAUGUACACUAUUGUUGUCAAAGUACUUGACACACCUGGGCCACCAGUAAAUCUGAUGGUGAAAGAAACCACAAAAGACAGUGCCUCCAUCUUUUGGGAUGCUCCUUUGAUUGAUGGUGGGUUUGAAAUCACCCACUACAUUGUGGAAAAACGUGACACUGAGAGAAAGGCAUGGUCAGUUGUUUCAAACAACUGCAAUAAGACAUCCUUCAAGGUCCCAGACUUAGAUGCUGGGCGGUCUUACUGUUUCCGAGUGUCUGCAGUUAACCAGCUUGGUGCUGGGGAAUGUUGUGAAACAGCUGAUGCAGUCAGAGCAACAGAGGAGCCUGGACCUGUCAUGGACUUCAAGACUCUGCUGGUAACCAAGGACUCUUGCACUCUGAGCUGGAAGAAACCCCUUAGUGAUGGUGGCAGUCGGAUCAUCUGUUAUGUACUGGAAGUUCUCAAUGGUGAUGACAAGUACAAGGAGCUGAUGAGGUCCAAGAAUAUGCAGUAUAGUGCCAAGGAUCUGGUAGAAGGCAAAGAGUACACCUACCGGGUUAAAGCUAUAAAUGACUCGGGAGAGAGUGCUGUAAAGGAGCUAACUUUUGUUGCCAAAGAUCAGAUCAUACUUCCUAGCUGUGACCUGAGAGAAUUACCAAACAUGUGCUAUAUUGCCAAAGAGGGCAGCACUGUUCGACUAAAGAUCCCCAUUAUUGGCAAACCUACUCCAAAGGUUUCUUGGAAGAAGGGAGAUGACGAAGACCUAGCAGAUACUGGCAGAGUAUGUGCAGAGUCCUCUGCAGUCAAUACCACCCUCUUAAUCAGAGAUUGCCAAAGAAAUGAUGCUUCUAAGUACACCAUUACUUUAAGAAACAGUGCUGGCAGCAAGGAGUCCACCAUCUUCAUCAGGGUUGUGGGUAAACCUGGCAUUCCUACUGGACCAGUUAAGUUCAAAGAUGUCACUGCUGAUGGUGCUACAUUGAAGUGGGGUGUUCCCAAGGAUGAUGGGGGCUCAGAGAUAACCAACUACAUUCUGGAAAAGAGGGACUUUAUCACCAGCAUGUGGGUCACGGUAUCCUCCACUGUGGAAACUAAUAGUAUGAGGAUCACUGGUCUCCAUGAGGGUACCGAAUACAUUUUUAGAGUUGCUGCAGAGAACAAAUAUGGUGUUGGAGAAAGUCUUAAAUCCGAGUCUGUUGUAGCAAAACACCCUUUUAAUGUCCCAGAUGCACCUGUUCCUCCUCAAAUCAUGAGCAUGCGUCAUGAUUCUGCAUACCUGGCCUGGGGGGACCCUAGGAAGACUGGAGGCUCACCCAUCACAGGCUACCAUGUUGAAUUCAAAGAAAGAAACAGCAUGUUGUGGAAAAGAGCUAGCCCAUCUGCUUUGAAGAUGAAAGAACACAAGGUUACUGGGCUUACUGAAGGACUGGAGUAUGAGUUUCGAGUAAUGGCUGUCAAUUUGGCAGGCAUUGGCAGGCCGAGUGCUCCCACUGAUCCACAAGUGGCCUUGGAUCCAAUUGAUGCACCUGGUAAACCAAAUGUUAUCAGCAUCACCAAGAGCAGUGUGACACUUCAAUGGACUGAACCACAGUUUGAUGGUGGCCACAGACUUACUGGCUACAUUGUUGAGAAGAGGGACUUGCCUUCCAAAAUCUGGGUGAAAGCAAACAACGUGAAUGUUGUAGAACCUGCAUUCACUAUUGUUGACCUGCAAGAGGGCUGCAAAUACGAGUUCAGGAUUAGGGCAAAGAAUGCUGCUGGUGCCAUCAGCCCACCGUCAGAGCAGACAGAUACUAUUUUGUGUAGAGAUGAAUAUGCUGCACCAACCAUUACUAUUGAUGCCCAGGUAAUGGAAGGCCUUACGGUCCGUGCUGGUGAUACCAUUGUUAUCACUGCCACAAGUAUUAUGGGAAAACCUGCUCCUGUCUCCUGCUGGUCAAAGGGAGGAAAGUAUUUUAAGCCAUCUGACAUUGUUCAUAUUGAAAGCACUGCAACAUCAUCAAUUUUGUCUGUAAAAUAUGCGGGCAGAAAAGACUCAGGAGAGUACACUAUAACUGCUAGUAACCCCUUUGGUGUAAAAGAGGAAACUGUCAAAGUCAAAGUUCUAGAUGUUCCUGGUUCUCCUGGACCUAUUGAAUGCAGUGGUGUAUCUUCUGAAAAGGUAACUCUGACAUGGACAGCUCCAACUGAAGAUGGUGGUUCUCCUGUUAAAUAUUAUACCUUGGAGAAGAGGGAGACUAGUCGUCUGCUUUGGACUGUCCUAGAAGACAAGGUUUUGGACUGUCACUUUGUUGCCAAUAAACUCAUUCAGGGCAACGAGUACUUCUUUAGAGUUUCCGCCAUCAAUCAGUAUGGUGCCAGCGAGCCAUCUCAUUCCGACGCUGUCAACAUGGUUGACAGAUUUGGUCCUCCUGGUCCUCCAUCCAAACCAGAGAUUGAGAACAUUAAUGGGCAUACAGUCACUUUGUCUUGGAGAAGACCAGCUGAGGAUGGAGGAAGUGACAUUAUUGGCUAUUCUGUUGAGAAAAAGGAAAAGAAAGCUGUACGAUGGAUGCGAGCAUCCAAGAAAUCCAUAGCUGAACUCACCUUUGAAGUCACAGGCCUCACUGAGGGUGUGGAGUAUGAGUUCCGAGUUCUUGCUGAGAACAGAGCUGGCUUUGGGGAGCCCAGCGAAACAUCUAUGCCUGUCAGAACAACAGUAGCUGCUUAUGUGCCAGGUCGUCCAGUCAACCCAAGAGUUACUGACACAACUAAGACCACUGCGACUCUGAACUGGGGAAAACCCUUGAAUAAUGGUGGACUUGAAGUCACGGGGUAUGUGAUUGAACAUAAAAAAGAUGGAACGGACGUAUGGGUCAAAGAUACUCCUUCACAUCCAUUGAAGAUUACAGAAUUUGUGGUACCAGAUCUGGAAAAUGGUGGAAAGUAUCUUUUCAGAAUAAGUGCAGUAAAUGCUAAGGGAACAGGUGAACCUGCUGAAAUUCAGGAACUGGUUGAGAUUGUGGAACGUGCAGCUGAACCUGAUUUAGAGCUUGAUGUUGAACUAAGAAGAACUCUUGUUGUCAGAGCCAGCUGUUCCAUAAGACUUUUUGUGCCAAUCAAGGGUCGUCCUACACCUACAGUAACUUGGACUAAAGAAGGGGGCGCUGUCCCACGAGCAGUUAUAGACAGCACAGAAUCAUACACAAUGCUUCUUGUUCCAGAAAGUAUUAGAAAUGAUACUGGCAAAUAUGAGCUUACACUUGAAAAUUCCGCUGGUAAGAAAAGUGCAGAUAUUCAUGUGAGAGUUCUUGAUACACCUGGACCUCCUCUAAAUCUAAAGCCAGUUAAAAUUGACAAAGAAAGUAUAACACUUCAAUGGGAAAUGCCUCUUGUAGAUGGUGGAGCCAAGAUCACCAACUACAUUAUUGAGAAAAGAGAAUCAACCCGCAAGGCUUUCGCUACUGUUAUCACAAACUGCACAACAACAUCAAUCAGAAUUGGAGAUCUGGGAGAAGGCUGUGAGUACUACUUCAGAGUGUCUGCUGAAAAUGAGUAUGGUAUUGGUGAGGCCGUUGAAACCUCAGAUCCAAUUCGCGCAUCACAGUCUCCAUCUGCUCCAGAAAGCAUGAUUCCAACUGAUAUCACAAAGAAUUCUGUAAGCUUGGCUUGGACAAAACCCAAGCAUGACGGUGGAAGCAGGAUAACAGGAUAUGUAUUAGAAGCCCAAAAGAAGGGUACAGAUCAAUGGGCUCAUGUAACAACAGCAAAGUCCAUGGAUUUCACAGUAAAAAAUCUCAAUGAGAAUGAGGAGUACAUUUUUCAUGUUAUGGCUGUCAACCAAUCCGGCCGAAGUGUUCCACGUGAGAGUAAACCUAUUGUUGUUAGAGAUUCCACUUCCCUCCCUGAGUUUGACUUGCGUGGUGUAUGCAAAAAAACUGUUAUUGCCAAAGCAGGUAAUGACAUAAAGAUUGAAAUUCCAGUUUUGGGACGUCCUAGACCAACAAUUUCUUGGCAAAAGAAUGAUGCAGUGCUGAAACUCACCCAGAGAAUAAAUAUAGAAACUACUGCUGCUACAGCUGUUCUUAAUAUAUCUGAAUGCACACGGGAUGACAGUGGUGUGUACACCAUAUUAGGAAAGAACAUUGUUGGAUCUGUGACAGACAACAUCACUGUGAAAAUACAUGAUGUACCUGGACCACCAAAAGGACCCAUUCAAAUUGUGGAAAAAUCUCGAACUUUUUGCAUCUUCUCUUGGGAAACUCCAGAGAAUGAUGGGGGUGUUCCAAUAACUAACUAUGUGGUUGAGAUAAGAGAAACUACUUCUCAAACAUGGACGGAGCUAUCUUCCUCAGUAAUACGCACAAUGUUCAAAGCCAGCCGUUUAACCACUGGAUCGGAGUAUCAGUUUAGAGUAAAAGCCAAGAAUAGGUAUGGUGUUGGACCUCCCAUUACUUCAGAGGCAGUCUUAGCAUCUUAUCCUUUCAAGGUACCCGGGCCACCAAGUACUCCCACUGUUGCAGCAUUUACCAAGGACUCAAUUACAAUUGGCUGGAACGAACCUGUGGCUGAUGGUGGAAAUGAAGUAAUUGGUUACCAUGUCGAGAGGAAAGAAAGAAACAGCAUUGUGUGGCAUAAGAUCAGCAAGGGUCUUGUGAAAGGAAAUAUAUUUAAGUCCACAGGACUUGAGGAUGGAGUUGCCUAUGAGUUCCGUGUUAUGGGUGAAAACAUGGCUGGAAUUGGUAAACCUAGCAAGGUCUCAGAGGCAAUACUGGCUUUGGACCCAGUAGAUCCCCCAGGUCAGCCUAUGCCCAUAAUUGUAAAUAAGAAUGCCAUCACAAUACAGUGGACAAAGCCUGAGUAUGAUGGUGGCUUCAAAAUUACUGGCUACACAGUGGAAAAAAGAGAACUCCCUACCGGUCGCUGGACUAAGGCUAACUUCACAAACAUCAUUGAGACAACAUUUACUGUCAGUGGACUGACUCAGGACACUUCCUAUGAGUUUCGUGUUAUAGCCAGAAACUCAGCAGGUUCAAUGAGCAUGCCUUCCGAUCCCUCUGGCCCAAUUGCCUGUAAAGAUGACAUUACAGAACCAAGAAUUAUGGUUGAUGCCAUCUUCAAGGACAUUAUUCUGCUAAAGGCAGGAGAAUCUUUCAAGCUGGAUGCUGAUAUAGCUGGCCAACCAACCCCAUCUAUGUCUUGGACAAAAGAUGGAAAGGAGGUAGAGAACACAAUGAAACUUGAAGUCAGAUAUACUGAGCUAACAACAAUUCUGACCAACAAGGACUCUGUCAGAUCUGAUAGUGGUGAAUUUAUUUUGACUGCGUCUAACAGUGGAGGAUUUGCGAAGCACAUUUUUAAUGUCAAGGUUCUUGACAGACCAGGAGCACCACUUGGACCACUUCAAGUUUCUGAAGUAACUGCUGACAACUGUUUACUUACAUGGUCUCCACCUGCAGAUGAUGGUGGGUCAAAAAUUGAGGGUUAUGUGAUUGAAAAACGCGAAUCAAGCAGAUUGGUUUGGACCACUGUUGUUUCUGGCCUAUUACUGACACAAUACAAAGUGACCAAACUUCUCAAAGGAAAUGAAUACAUUUUCAGAAUUAUGGCUACCAACAAAUAUGGACUCGGAGAGCCUCUUGAAUCAGAGCCCACUAUUGCUGACAACCCAUAUAAGAUUCCAGAUCCUCCAGGGAAUCCUGAGGUGACUGUUAUCACUAAAGAUUCAAUGGUUGUAAGGUGGCAAGAACCAAAGAAUGAUGGAGGAACACCCAUUAUCAAUUACAAUAUUGAAAGAAAAGACAGAGCUGGCCUUCGCUGGGUCAAAUGCAACAAGAGAAAGAUCAAAGAUUUACAAUACAAAACAACAGGUCUUGUUCCCGGACACGAAUAUGAAUUUAGAAUAACAGCUGAGAAUGCUGCUGGGGUGAGUGCACCAAGUGUUUGCAGCCCAUUCUCUAAGGCCACAGAUACACUGUAUAAACCAGGACCUCCAUGCAACCCUAGAGUUUUGGACACAACCAAGUCCUCAAUUACUGUUGCCUGGAACAAGCCUUUAUAUGAUGGUGGCUCUGACAUUAGUGGUUAUAUUGUGGAGACAUGUAUGCCAAGGGAAAAAGAAGAGGAAGAAGAAUGGACCAUUGUUACACCAAAGGACGGUCUCCUUGCCACUUCAUUUACCAUUAUUGAUCUAAAGGAGAACCAAGAAUAUAAGAUUAACAUAUCUGCCAUCAACAAUGAAGGAGUUGGAGAUUCAAUAUCUGUACCUGGAAAUCCUAAAGCAGAGAACAGACUUCUCCAACCUGAGAUAGAUUUAGAUAUAGAACUACGUAAGGUGGUCUGCCUGAGAGCUUGCUGCUCACUUAGACUGUUUGUGCCUAUUAGGGGCAGACCACCUCCUCAAGUUAAAUGGACUAAAGAUGAUGGAGAGCACAUAGAAAGAGCAACCAUUGACAGCACACCAUCAUACACUUCACUUGUAAUUGAAAAUGUUAAUAGAUUUGACAGUGGAAAAUACAACCUAACAAUUGAAAACAGCUCUGGUUCCAAAGCAGCUACAGUACAAGUCAGAGUUCUUGAUACACCAAGCGCCCCGCAAAAUCUGAAAAUUACUGCUGUCACAAAUGAAGCUGUGACUUUAACUUGGGAUCCACCAAUAAAUGAUGGAGGAGUAAAAAUUAAGAACUAUGUAGUUGAAAAACGUGAGUCUACCAGAAAAGCAUAUGCCACAGUUAAUGCAAACUGCCAUAACACCACAUUCACAGUAAAUCAGCUCCUGGAGGGAUGCAACUAUUACUUCAGGGUUUUGGCCGAAAACGAGUAUGGCAUUGGUUUGCCAGUUGAGUCGGUUGAAUCAGUCAAAGUGUCCGAAAAACCACAGCCUCCUGGAAAAAUUACUCUUAAGGAUGUUACCAAGAACAGUGUUACCCUCACAUGGGAAAGGCCAGAACAUGAUGGUGGCAGCAGAGUGGGCUGUUAUGUUGUUGAGAUCCAACCUAAGGGUGUUGAUAAGUGGACACAGGCUGUAAUUGUGAAAGAAACAGAAGCUACAAUCAAUGGACUUAUUGCAGGAGAGGAGUAUAUGUUCCGUGUUGCAGCUAGAAAUGAGAAGGGAACAAGUGACCCUCGCCAAAUUGGUGUCCCUGUAAUUGUAAAAGAUCUUGUGAUUGCACCAGUUGCUAAAAUGUUGUUUAACACCUUUACUGUGCUUGCUGGAGAAGAUCUGACAGUAGAAAUUCCCUAUUUUGCUCGUCCUAAAGCUCUAGUCUCCUGGGUUAAAGAUGGUCAGUCCCUGAAGAGAACUACCAGAGUUAAUUUUGAUGCAACCGAGACCAUAUUGAAGCUUAACAUUAAAGAAGCUACUAAAGAUGAUGUUGGACAAUAUGUUAUUACUCUUAGCAACUCCACAGGAGAGACUACAGCAAAUGUUGGAAUUGUUGUUCUUGAUAAACCUGGGCAGCCUGGUGGCCCAAUUAUGGUUGAGGAGGUUACUUCUGACAGUGUAACUAUCUCCUGGAAUCCACCAGAAUAUUCUGGUGGUUGUACAAUCAAAAAUUAUAUUGUGGAAAAGAGAGAUACAUCCACAACAAACUGGAUGACUGUAUCAUCCAACUUAGCAAGGACAAAAAUUAAGGCAGGCAGGUUGAAAACUGGCUCUGAGUAUCAGUUUAGAAUCACAGCCGAAAACAGAUAUGGAAAAGGCCAAUUUCUUCUUUCUGAAUGCAUUGUUGCUCAGUAUCCAUACAAGCUCCCAGGACCACCAGGAACACCUUCAAUUGUUGCCUGUACCAAGGACACCAUGGUUGUUGUCUGGAAUGAACCUGUGGUUGAUGGUGGCAGUGCUAUAUUGGGUUACCAUCUUGAGCGCAAAGAAAGAAACAGUAUUUUAUGGGUGAAACUAAACAAAUCUCUCAUUACUGACCAGACAUUUAAGACAACAAAUCUUGAACCAGGAAUGGAAUAUGAAUAUAGAGUUUAUGCUGAAAACAUUGUUGGAAUAGGAAAAGUGAGCAAGGUAUCCGAGGGACAUAUUGCAAGAGAUCCUUGUGAUCCCCCAGGUACUCCAGAGGCAACAAAAAUUACUAAUCACUCUGUAACAAUUAUCUGGUCCAAGCCUGAGUAUGAUGGUGGUGCAAAGGUGACUGGCUAUAUUGUGGAAAAGAAAGAACUUCCUGAGGGACGCUGGCUUAAAGCUAACUUCACUAAUGUAAUUGAAACAGAAUAUGUUGCAUCUGGGCUUGUGAUGGAUAAUCAGUAUGAAUUCCGCGUCAUUGCUAGAAAUGCUGCUGGUGUUUUUAGUGCUCCCUCUGACACCACUGGUCCUAUAACUGCCAGAGAUGAAGUUGAACCUCCACGCAUCAGUAUUGAUCCUGAGUACACUCAGACCCUUGUGGUUAAUGCUGGAGAAAGCUUCAAAAUUCAUGCAGAUGUUCAUGGCAAGCCAUUGCCCUCUAUCCAUUGGAUGAAAGGGGAGCUUGAACUGGUUAAUACUGUAUGCAGAGAUAUAAAGAAUACACCUAGUAAAGCUUUUAUAUCUGUAAAAGAAGCUAAACUUUUAGAUGGAGGUCAAUACACUCUGCUGCUAAAAAAUCCAGGAGGAGAAAAAGUAGUACAUGUUAAUGUUGUUGUCUUAGAUAAGCCUGGUGAAUCACAAGGACCUAUUGUUGUAACAGGUAUAAACAAUGACCAAUGCUGCCUUGCAUGGAAGCCACCACUAAAAGAUGGUGGUAGCACAGUUUCCCAUUAUGUUGUUGAAAGAAGAGAGACAAGUAGAUUGGUCUGGACAGUUGUGGACCCAAAAGUGGAAACAACGUGUUUAAAGGUUACUAAGCUCCUAGAGGGAGAUGAGUAUAUCUUCCGAGUUUAUGCUGUCAAUCAGUUUGGAGUAGGUGCACCGCUAGAGUCUGCUCCUGUGUUAAUCAAGGAUCCAUGUCUGCCACCCAGUUCACCCAAGAAUUUAGAAGUUUCAAAUAUUAAAAAAGAUUCAAUGGUUCUAAACUGGGAAACUCCUCCUGAAACUGGAGGCAGUCCGAUUAGUGGUUACAUAAUUGAAAAGCACGAUAAAGAGGGUGUAAGAUGGACAAGGUGCAAUAGGCAAGCAGUCACAGGUUUGACUUUCAAAGUCACUGGACUCUUGGAGAGCCAUAUUUAUGAGUUUAGAGUUGCAGCUGAAAAUGCUGUUGGUGUUGGUGAGCCAAGUUCCCCAACUGUUUUCCAUAAAGCGGUUGAUCCUAUCUUCAGGCCUGGCCCACCACUUAACCCAAAAGUCUCAGACACAACAAAAUCGUCAGCGAUCCUUAUGUGGUCUAAGCCUGUAUGUGAUGGAGGCUGUGAGAUACAGGGAUAUAUUGUUGAAUGUUGUACUACAACUGCAUCAACUGGACCCCUGGAGACCACAGAGACAGACAUAGGUGCAACAGAAGUACCAGUUGAGGAAUGGAGAAUUUGUACACCACCAAUGGGUGUAAAGAAAACCAAAUUUGAAGUCUUAAAUCUGAAGGAACAUCAGGCAUACAGGUUCAGAGUGUGUGCUAUAAACAAAGUAGGAGUUGGUGAACAUGCUGAUGUUACUGGAGCUAUUAUAGUGCAAGAGAAAGAAGAAGAGCCAGACCUUGACAUUGACCCAGAACUGCGAAAGAUAGUGACCUGUAAAGCUGGCACUUCCCUUAGGCUGUUUGUUCCAAUAAAAGGACGCCCUACCCCUACCAUCAAGUGGGAUAAAGAUGAAGCUCCACUUAAAGAAUCUGCUCAAGUUGAGGCAACAAGCAGUUACACAUCCCUUGUAAUUGAUAAGACAAGCAGAAAUGAUAGUGGAAAAUACACAAUCUCUGCAGAAAAUUCCAGUGGAAAAAAAUCUUCAUUUAUUGUUGUACGGAUCCUUGACACACCCAGUGCUCCUGUUAAUCUUAAAGUGAAAGAAAUCACAAACCAGUCAGUAACACUGGAAUGGGAACCACCUUUGCUGGACGGUGGGUCCAAGAUCAAAAACUACAUUAUUGAAAAGAGAGAAAGUACUAGAAAAACAUUUGCUGCUGUGGCAACAAAUUGUCAUGCUCUUUCAUGGAAAAUUGAGCCUCUUCAAGAGGGGUGUAGUUACUACUUCAGAGUCCUUGCUGAAAAUGCUUAUGGUGUUGGUUUGCCUUCAGUGACAGUGGACCCUCUCAAGGUUUCAGAGGUCCCUCAGUCUCCAAAGAGCUUAAUUGUUACAGAUCAGACCAAAACUAGCAUUUCUUUGGUUUGGGAAAAGCCAGACUAUGAUGGAGGAAGCAGAGUGGUACAGUAUCUCCUUGAAGUACAGCAGAAAGGACAGGAAAAAUGGUGUUCAGUAAACACAUUUAAGACAAUGGAAACUACUGUCUCAAAUCUAAACCCAGGAGAGGAAUACGUAUUCAGAGUUACAGCAAUCAAUGACAAGGGAAAGAGUGACCCUAAAGCUCUUACUGGUCCAGUGAUGACCAAGGAUUUAGUCUAUGAACCAGAUGUCCGUCCAGCAUUUAGCAGCUACAGCGUUCAUGUGAGCAAAGAUUUGAAUAUAGACAUUCCCAUCUUUGGACGCCCCAAACCAACAGUCACAUGGACUAAAGAUGGGGCUCCUUUAAAAUUCACCACUAGGGUUAAUAUUCUAAAUAAACCAUCAAAAACAACACUCAACAUUAAGGAGGCAGCAAUUGAUGAUGGUGGCAUGUACUGUAUCUGCGCAACCAACGCAGCUGGAAAAAAGGAAACAACUAUUGAAAUCAUAAUAUUAGACAAGCCUGGUCCACCAUCAGGCCCUGUAAGAUUUGAGGAAAUUACAACUCAGAGUGUCACUAUGUCAUGGGACCCUCCAAAAUACAACGGCGGAUGUCAAAUUUCAAACUACAUUGUUCAAAAAAGAAAUACUACCACAACAACUUGGGAAAAUGUAAGCAUAAAUUGUGCCAGAACCACUAUCAAAGUGACAAAGCUUACAACUGGAACUGAGUACCAGUUUAGGAUUAUUGCCCAGAAUCGUUAUGGCAAGAGUCAGGGUUUGGAUUCAUCAAGCGCAGUUGCUCAGUACCCAUACAAAGAACCAGGCCCCCCAGGCACACCCUUUAUCUCCUCUCUUUCCAGAGACCACCAAGUUGUUGAGUGGCAUGAACCUGUCUCAGAUGGAGGCAGUCCUGUUCUUGGCUAUCAUCUUGAGAGGAAAGAGAGAAAUAGUAUUCUCUGGGUGAAAAUUAACAAGACACUUAUUCAUGAUACUAGUUUUAAGAGUUAUCCUCUGGAGGAAGGUACUGAGUAUGAAUAUAGGGUGUAUGCUGAAAAUAUUGUCGGUGUUGGGAGAAGCAGUAAGGUUUCUGAAGGCUGUGUUGCCCGUGACCCCUGUGAUCCUCCUGGUAUACCAGAGGCCAUCCAUGUGUCCAAAGACACCAUUAUAAUUCAGUGGACUAAACCCGAAUAUGAUGGUGGCAGCAAUAUUACUGGAUAUAUUAUAGAAAAGCGAGACCUGCCAGAAGGCAGAUGGGUCAGAGCAAAUUUUACAAAUGUAACUGAGACCCAGUUUACAGUCACUGGUCUAACUGAAAGUGCGCAGUAUGACUUUAGGGUCAUUGCUAAAAAUUCUGUUGGUACAGUUAGCAAACCAUCAUACAAUAGUGGUCCAAUUAUAGCAAGUGAUAAAGUUGAAGCACCUAAAGCUUCUAUUGACCCUGGGUUUACCAAAACCAUUAUCAUCAAUGCAGGAGAGACAUUCAAGAUAGAUGCUGAUAUCCGUGGUAAGCCAUUGCCAGCAGUCCAGUGGUUCAAGGAAGAAAAGAUAGUCGAAAACACACUCAGAAUAGAUAUAAGAAACACUGAAAAUAACGCAAUGAUGGUCAUUAAAGACUCUGUCAGAGAUGACAGUGGAACCUAUACUCUACUGCUGACAAAUGAAGCUGGAACUGAAAAAGUUAUUUUCAAAGUUUUGGUUCUGGAUAGGCCCAGUCAAUGUGAGGGACCCCUCCACAUCACUGGAGUAGCUGAAGACAGAUGCACACUAUCAUGGAGUGCCCCUCUUCAUGAUGGAGGUAAUCCUAUUACACAUUAUGUCAUCGAGAGACGAGAGACCAGUCGUCUAGCUUGGACUGUUGUUUCUAAUAGUUGUAGUACCACAUGUCACAAAGUUACCAAGUUAUUAGAAGGGAAUGAGUAUAUUUUCCGUGUAAUGGCAGUUAACAGUUAUGGUAUCAGUGAACCACUAGAGUCCAGUCCAGUGACUAUGAGGACCCCUUUUGUUCCACCUGGUUCACCUCAUAUUGAAAACAUAUGUGACAUUUCUCAUGAUGGCAUGACUAUUACCUGGUCAGCUCCUGAUAGUGAUGGAGGCACUGAAAUCACUAACUACAUAAUUGAAAAGAAGGACAGAGCUGGAAUUAAGUGGACUAGAUGCAAUAGACAGAAAAUUACUGAUCUCUCUUUUAGAGUUACUGGCCUGUCUACUGAGCAUGAGUAUGAGUUCAGAGUUGCUGCUGAAAACAUAGUUGGAGUAGGAGAACCAAGUCUGUCCAGUUCAUAUUACAAGGCAUGUGAUCCCAAGUACAAACCCAGUGCCCCAACAUAUGUGAAUGUUGUCGACUCAACAAAAACAUCUAUUACAGUUUCAUGGGGUAAGCCUCUUUUUGAUGGUGGCAGUGACAUUCAAGGAUACAUCGUUGAAGUAUGCAAAGAUGAAGAAGAGGAAUGGACCAUGGUUACUCCUCCUACUGGUCUACGUGUCAACAAAUAUGAAAUUACUAAGCUUACUGAGGGUCAAGAGUACAAGAUCCGAGUGUGUGCUUUGAACAAACUUGGAGUUGGAGAGCCAAUUAGUCUUUCUGGUACUAUUAAACCAGAGGAAAAGUUUGAGCCCCCACAAAUUCAUCUCGACUCUGAGCUCAGAAAAGGCAUAACAGUGAAAGCUGGUGGAUCUGUUAAAAUCCAUAUUCCUUUCAAAGGCAGACCAGCACCAGAGAUCACGUGGACAAAGGAUGAAGGAAACCUAACUGAAAAGACUGUGAUUGAAAAAGCUGUCAACUUUACACAACUGUCCAUAGAUUCAUGUGACCGUAACGACUCUGGAAAAUACACUUUGAGUUUGACCAAUACCAGUGGCUGUGUGUCAGAGGUUGUGUCAGUUAAAGUUUUGGAUACACCUGGAGCUCCACAGAACCUUGUGGUUAAAAAUGUCAAAAGGGAUUCUGUUACUCUUGAAUGGAAUGUUCCACUGAAUGACGGGGGUUCUAAAAUCAGAAAUUAUGUCAUUGAGAAGCGUGAAUCAACUAGGAAAGCAUAUGCAAAUGUGUCCACAAAAUGUUUAAAGACUACAUUUAAUGUUGAGAACCUAAUUGAAGGAGCUCUUUAUUACUUCAGAGUUAUGGCUGAGAACGAAUAUGGGAUUGGCCAAGCUGUUGAGACAAAAACUGCCUCUAAGGCCUCUGAGGUUCCUCUGCCAGUGGGAAAGGUGUUUCUCACUGAUGUUACUAAGACUAGUGCCACACUGGCCUGGGAGAAACCUGAGCAUGAUGGAGGGAGUAGGAUUGGUGGGUAUUUGAUAGAGAUGCUGCCAAAGGGUACAGAUAAAUGGGGAGUCGCUACAAAUACAAAGACCUGUGAAGGAAAUGUUACAGGCCUUACUGCCGGUGCAGAAUACCAAUUCCGUAUUGUUGCCUAUAAUGAGAAAGGAAAGAGUGAGCCAAGGGUGCUUGCUGCACCUGUAAUUGCAAGUGAUAUGACCAUGGAGCCAAUCAUUAAAAUGCAAUUCAACACAUACACUGUGUUGGCUGGAAAAGAUUUGAAGUUAGAGUUCAAUGUUCUUGGCAGACCCAAACCUAAAGUCAAUUGGACCAAGAAUGGUCAACCACUGAAGGUUACUUCCAGAGUUAACAUAAUAAACACUUCAUCAAUGACUGGAAUUCAGAUUACAGAGGCAUGCAAAGACGAUUUUGGCAAAUACUCUAUUACUGCAAACAAUGCUGUUGGCACCGUCACAGAAGAUUUGACUGUUAUAAUUCUUGACAAGCCUGGUCCUCCUAAGGGUCCAGUCAAAGUUAUUGAGGUUAGUAACACUUUUGUCCAUUUGUCCUGGGAGCCCCCAGAGUACACUGGUGGAUGUCAAGUAAAGAACUACAUAGUGGAAAGGAGAGAUACAACAACUACAGCUUGGCAGCCAGUUAACACACAUUUGGCAAGAACAGCUUUGAAAAUUACCAAGCUAAAAACCAGUGCAGAAUACCAGUUCAGAAUCAUAGCAGAAAACAGAUAUGGAAAGAGUGCGCCUCUUGAUUCUAAGGCUAUUGUUGUGCAGUAUCCAUAUAAACCGCCAGGACCUCCAGGAACACCAUUUGUUAAAUAUGCAACUAAGGAAAUGAUGAUUAUUGAAUGGAAUGAGCCAGUCAUUGAUGGAGGUAGUGUAGUUAUUGGUUACCAUCUAGAAAGCAAGGAAAGAAAUAGCAUUCUGUGGAACAAACUGAACAAGACACUUAUCAUUGAUACUCAGUUCAAGAUCUGCAAUCUUGAGGAGGGUAUUGGAUAUGAAUUUAGGGUAUAUGCAGAAAAUAUUGUUGGUAUUGGUCGAUGCAGUAAAGUUUCUGAGUCCUAUGUUGCCCGUGAUCCAUGUGAUCCUCCUGGUGCUCCUGAAGCUGUGUCUAUUUCUAAGAAUCAAAUCAAGAUUCAAUGGACCAAGCCACAGUAUGAUGGGGGCAGCAAAGUAAAUGGAUAUAUUGUAGAAAGAAAGGAUCUCUCCUCCCCUGAUGGACGCUGGGUAAGAACUAAUUUUACCAAUGUAGUUGAAACUGAGUACAUUGUCACUGGUCUGACAGAAAAAGAGCAAUAUGAAUUCAGAGUUACUGCAAGAAAUGCAGCUGGAGUUUUCAGUGAGCCAUCAGACAGCUCUGGACCCAUCACAGCAACUGAUGAAAUUGAAGCACCUAGAGCUUCAAUGGAUCCCAAAUACAAGGAUGUCAUUGUUGUUAAUGCUGGAGAUAGUUUGCUUCUUGAUGGAGACAUUUAUGGAAAACCCCUUCCUGAUGUCUUCUGGCUGAAAGAAGGCAAAGAAAUUGAGAGGACCUUUCGCAUUGAAGUGAAAACUAUGCAAAAAAGGGCAACCAUGACAAUUAAGGAUGUCACCAAGCUUGAUUGUGGUAAAUAUGAACUUGUUCUCAAAAAUCUUGGGGGUACUAAAGCCUUCCCCAUUGUUGUCAAAGUACUUGAUAAACCAGGGCCACCUACUGGACCUAUAAAAGUGACUGGAGUCAUGUCUGACAGGUGCAUCUUAGCAUGGUCUGAGCCAACCCUGGAUGGUGGUGCUAGUGUCAGUCACUACGUUUUGGAAAAGAGGGAGACAAGCAGGUUGUCUUGGACAAUUGCCGCUCCUAAUGUUAAGGGGCUAUACCACAAAGUUACAAAUUUACUUCCAUUAAAUGAAUACAUUUUCAGAGUAAGGGCAGUCAACAAAUACGGCAUUGGUGAUUACCUUGAGAGUGACCCUGUUAUUGCACGCAAUCCUUACAAGGCACCAAGUAGUCCUGGCACCCCAGAAGCAAAUAAAAUCACAAAAGACUCUAUGGUUGUGUCAUGGACUGCUCCAGAACACACAGGUGGAGCUGAAAUUCAAGGUUACCACCUUGAAAAACGCAGCAAAGACAGUGUUAGAUGGACAAAAUGCAACAGACAAAAGUUAACAGACACUCAUUUCAAAGUCACUGGACUAAUGACGGAUCAUUUCUAUGAGUUCCGUGUUGCUGCUGAGAAUGAGGCUGGAGUAGGAGAUCUCAGUGAGUUGUCCCUAUUUUACAGAGCAUGUGAUGCAACAACCCCACCUGGUCCUCCGCACCACCCUAAAGUGAUUGACUACACAAAAUGCUCUGUAUCCCUGUCUUGGAAUAAACCAGACUUUGAUGGGGGGGCAUUUAUAAAGGGUUACAUUGUUGAAAUGAGGAAGUGUACUCCUGCGCCUGAGUUAAAAGAUGGAGAACAUGUAACAACAGCAAUAGAAGCACCUGUUGAAAAAGAAUGGACCAUGUGCACUCCACCCACUGGCAUUCAAACUACUAAAUUAACUGUCACAGAUCUUAAAGAAGGCGGUGAAUACCAGUUCCGUAUCUGUGCUCUCAAUUCAGAAGGAGUAGGAGAAGCUGCCAAUGUCCACGGGACAGUUACUACUUCUGACAAAGCAGAAGCACCAGAAAUUGAGUUGGACGCUGAUCUUAGAAAGGUUGUAUCUGUCCGCGCUGGUGGAACUCUGCGUCUUUAUGUCACGAUUAGAGGAAGACCUGAACCUGUGGUGAAGUGGGAAAAGAUCGAUGGUAACCUCACCGAGCAUGGUGCAGUUGAUACCACUAGUUCAUAUACCAUGUUAGUCAUUGAUAAUGUUAACCGGUUUGACAGUGGCAAGUACUCACUAACACUUACAAACAUCAGUGGUAAAAAAACUGCAGUAAUUGUUGUAAGAGUGUUAGAUUCACCAAGUGCACCACAACAUUUUACUGUAAAAGAGAUCAAAAAAGAUUCAGUAAUUCUUACCUGGGAUACACCUCUCAAUGAUGGAGGGGCAAAAAUCACAAACUACAUUGUAGAAAAGAGAGAAUCUGUCAGGAAGGCUUACACUACUGUCACCAACAACUGCACAGCCAAUACACUUAAGAUUGAAGAGCUUCCUGAGGGAGGAAUUUUCUACUUCAGGGUCAGUGCUGUCAAUGCCUAUGGGCAAGGCCAGAUGGUUGAAACGAAAGAAGUUAAAGUGUCUGAGGUGCCUCUUCCACCAAACAAACUUACUGUUGUUGAUGUCACAAAGACAAGCGUUUCACUGGGUUGGGAAAAACCAGCCCAUGAUGGCGGAAGCAAAGUAAUGUGUUAUAAUGUGGAGUUUAAGCCCAAAAGUGGGGAUAAAUGGGGCACAGCAUGCACAAUCAAGGUACUAGAAGCUACAGUUCUCAACUUGACACCUAAUGAAGCUUAUUUAUUUAGAGUUAUUGCAAUUAAUGAAAAGGGAAAAAGUGAACCAAGAGAUCUUGGCCUCCCUGUGGUUGCGAAAGACAUUGAAAUUGAACCCUCAAUAAAUUUACAGUUUAAUACCUUUAGUGUAAAGGCUGGAGAAGACCUCACUGUUGAAGUCCCUGUAAGAGGCAGACCUAAACCUGUGGUUUCUUGGAAGAAGGAUAAUCUUCCAUUGAAGCAAACAUCAUCAGUAACCAUCUUAAAUACUGCAACUUCAACAAAAGUUAUCAUUAAGGAAGCCAAAAAGGAACAUGUUGGUAAAUAUGAAAUUACUUUGGCCAAUAGAGCAGGAACUGCCACUGCCGAUAUUGGGAUUAUUGUUCUUGAUAAACCAGGGCCACCUAAAGGAAUAAGGGUGGAUGCAGUAACAUCAGACAGCAUUACAUUGUCCUGGUCUCCUCCUGAAUAUGAUGGUGGAUGUUCAAUAAGCAAUUAUAUUGUGGAGAAAAGAGAUACAAAUUCUCAAGAGUGGCAGAUAGUAGCAAGUAAUGUUGCCAGGACAUCAUUCAAAGCAGGACGCCUGACACAUGGAGCGGAAUACCAAUUUCGCAUUUAUGCAGUCAAUCGUUAUGGUAAGAGCACCUAUAUAGAUUCACCAGGAAUCACUGCUCAGUAUAAUUUCAAACAACCUGGACCUCCAUCCACACCCAUUGUUAAUCAAGCCACCAAAUCAUAUAUGCUGGUGACUUGGAAUGAACCAGUAAACGAUGGUGGCAGUCCCAUUUUAGGCUACCAUCUAGAGAGGAAAGAGCGUUCUAGUAUCAUUUGGACAAAGUUGAACAGAGGAAUCAUCAAAAAUUCAGAAUACAAAGUCACUGGUAUUGAAGAAGGACUGAUGUAUGAGUACCGUGUCUAUGCUGAAAAUAUUGCAGGUAUUGGUAAAUGCAGCAAGGUUUGUGAAGCAGUAGCAGCCAGAGAUCCUUGUGAUCCCCCUGGAACACCUAUAGUCACAGCUAUUACAAGAACAUCUGUUUCCUUGUCUUGGAAUAAACCAGAAUAUGAUGGUGGAGCUAAGGUUUCUGGCUACAUAAUUGAAAGUAGAGACAUUCCUGAAGGACGAUGGACAAGGUGUAACUUCACAAAUGUGCCUGACACUCACUAUGAUGUGACAGGCCUUAUAGAAAACAGCCAGUAUGACUUCCGUGUUAUUGCAAAGAAUGCAGCUGGACUGUUCAGUAUACCUUCCGAUUGCACUGGCCCUGUCGCUGUUAGGGAUGAUGUUGACCCACCACGGAUCAUGAUGGAUGUAAAGUACAAGGAAACCUUGUUUGUGAAAGCAGGAGAGACUCUGAAGAUUAACGCAGACCUUGCAGGACAUCCUGCCCCUGUUGUUCACUGGUCAAAGGAUGGCAAAGAGAUUGAGCUGAGAGCCAGGAUUAAGAUUGUUGUAACUGACACAAGUACCUCUAUCGUAAUAAAGGACUGUGUCAGAGGAGAUUCUGGAGAGUAUACCCUGACUUUGCGCAAUAUUGCAGGAAAUGUUAAUGUGCCUAUAAAUUGUAUUAUUCUAGAUAAACCAGGACCAUCAGCAGGACCUCUGCAGGUCACUGACCUCACAGCAGAAGACUGCACUCUCUCAUGGGGUCCUCCACAGGAAACAGGAGGUGCAGACAUUACACAUUACAUUGUUGAGAAGCGUGAAACCAGCCGAUUAGCAUGGACACUAGUUAAAGGAGAUAUAACAAAAACCUACCUCAAAGUCAAAGGCCUGCUUAAGGGCAGUGAAUAUAUUUUUAAAGUCAUGGCUGUCAACAAGCAUGGAAUUGGUGAAGCGCUGGAAAGUGAAUCUAUUAAAGUUACAGAUCCAUAUACUCUGGCCACUGCUCCAUCUAGUGUUGAUGUAACUUCUAUCACUGGAGAUUCAAUGACUGUCACAUGGUGCAAACCAGCCACUGAUGGAGGCAGCCCCAUAAGGGGAUAUGUGGUUGAGCGACGUGAAAAAACGGGCAUGCGCUGGAUAAGAGUAAACAGAGAGCUUGUUGUUGAGUGCAACAUGCUAGUGACUAAACUUCGUAAGGGUUGUGAAUAUGACUUCAGAGUCUCUGCAGAAAAUGCAGCUGGUCUUAGCCCUCCAAGUGAACCAUCUGCAACUUUUAGGGCACUAGAUCCUUUAGUCGUACCUUCUCGCCCCACCAAACCAAAGAUAGUAAAUUCCACCAAUGACAGUGUUUCCAUCACCUGGAAACCUCCAACAAAUGAUGGUGGUGCUCCCAUUUUGGGAUACAGUAUAGAAUUCCGUGAGCACUUGGGCAAACCAGAGCCUGAAGUUAAAGAAGAAGAAGAAGAGGAUGAAUAUGAGGAGGAGGAAGAAGAGGUCACAGAGUCACCUGAAGAUCUGGCAAGAUGGGUUGAAGCCAUUCCCCUUACCAAAAGCUUAGAAUUUACAAUUGCUGGAUUAAAGACUGGUGAAGAAUAUGAAUUCUGUGUGAAGGCAAUAAACAAAGUUGGCUGCGGUGUGCGGAGCACCUGUUCAGAACCAUACAAAGCAAUAGAAAGAACUGCUGAACCAUCAUUUGAUGUGGACCUUGAGAUCCGUAAGAUACUUAUUGUAAAGCAUGGUACAGCAUUUACUCUCAGUGUUCCGAUCAAGGGGAAACCGGUUCCGUCUGUUGAAUGGACCAAAGAGGGUGUUGAUCUUAAACUCAGAGGAACUAUUGAAUCAACAGACUCCAGCACUUCAUUGACUAUUGAUAAGUCAAAUAGAAACGACUCUGGAGAAUAUUUUGUCACACUUGAGUCACCAUUGGGAAAAGCAAUAUUGCCCAUUGUGGUGAAAGUUCUAGACUCCCCGGGACCACCAAUCAAUGUUAAAGUUUCAGCAGUAACCAGGGAUUCAGCAACUCUGACAUGGGAUCUUCCAGUGAAUGAUGGUGGUGAUGCAGUAAAAGCCUACCAUGUUGAGAAGCGUGAAGCCAGUAAGAAGACUUGGGUUUCGGUGACCAGUAACUGCCAUGCUUUGACCUACAAAAUAGAAGACUUGCAGGAAGGAGCCAUCUAUUAUUUUAGGGUUUUUGCAGAGAAUGAAUAUGGAGAGGGGGUGCCUCAGGAAGCAAAAGCUGGAACAAAGAUUACAGAGGUACCAACUCCACCUUCAAAACUUGGAGUGGCAAAUGUUACCAAAGACUGUGUUACAAUUGCUUGGACAAGACCAGAAUAUGAUGGUGGUAGCAAGGUCACUGGGUAUGUGAUUGAUGCCCUAGAGAAAGGACAGACCAAGUGGGUAAAAUGUGCCACAGUAAAGACCACAUCCCACUCUAUCAAGAGUUUAAGGGAGGGAGCCGAGUACUUUUUUAGGGUCUGUGCUGAGAAUCAUGCUGGGCUGAGUGAACCAAAGGAGAUGAUUGUUCCUGUUAUUGUCAAGGAAAUACAAGAGGCUCCUGAGUUUGACAUGAAAAACUACCCCAAGAAUACAGUUUAUGUCAGAGCAGGAUCUGAUCUGACAUUUGAGAUUCCUCUUACAGGAAAGCCAAUGCCAAAAGUCACUGUGUCCAAAAACAACAUUGUCAUCAAGGCAUCUAAGAGGCUUUUAACAGAAAUAACUCCAGAAAGCUUAAUAAUUACUCUUAAUGAAAGUAUUUCAAGUGAUGCUGGGAAGUAUGAAAUUACAGCUUCAAACAUAGCAGGUACCUCCAAAAUCUUUAUGAUUUUUGUUGUUCUGGCCAAACCUGGACCUCCCAUUGGUCCCGUUCAAAUUGGGGAAGUAGGAGAAACAACAAUUUGUCUAAAAUGGGAUCCUCCAGAAUAUGAUGGAGGCAGUCCUGUAACCAAUUAUAUCGUUUUAAGACGGGAAACAAGCACUCCUACUUGGACAGAAGUAUCAAACAGUGUUGCUAGAAACUCCAUUAAAGUGACAAAGCUUACCAAGGGGGAGGAAUAUCAAUUUAGAAUCAAAGCUGAGAAUCGCUAUGGGGCUGGUGACCAUAUUGACAGUAAACCAGUCAUGAUCAAGCUUCCUUACACAAUACCUGGGCCUCCAUCUACACCAUGGGUUAGCUAUGUAUCCAGAGACAACCUUACAGUUUGCUGGAAUGAGCCAGUUAAUGAUGGUGGAAGUCCUGUGAUUGGAUAUCACCUACAGAUGAAAGAGAGAAGUAGUAUUCUCUGGCAAAAGAUCAACAAAACAGCAAUUCCAGGAAACCAAUGGCGUGUUACAAACAUCUGCCCUGGACUUAUCUAUGAGUUUAAAGUUGCAGCUGAAAAUGCUGCUGGCAUUGGAAAACUAAGCAAAACCUCAGAAGAGGUGCUUGCUAUUGAUGCAUGUGAGCCCCCAGCAAAUGUUCGAAUCAUAGAGGUGACCAAGAAUUCUGUGACUUUGGUCUGGCAAAGGCCUCCAUAUGAUGGUGGCAGCAAGAUAAUUGGCUACAGCGUGGAGAAGAGGGAAGCUUCCAGUGGCAGAUGGGUGAAGGCCAAUUUUACCAACAUCAUUGAGCUAGGAUUUACUGUAUCUGGAUUAAACCAGGAUGAAUCAUAUGAAUUUAGAGUAUUUGCAAAAAAUGCUGUUGGAUCAGUCAGUAACCCAUCUCUUAUUGCUGGGCCAAUCACGUGUGUUGAUGCUUGCGGUGCUCCAGCUAUUGAUCUUCCCCCUGAGUAUUUGGAUGUUGUUCAAUACAAGGCUGGGUCUUCAGUUAAGCUCCGAGUAGGAAUAAUUGCUAAACCUCUGCCCACUAUUGCAUGGCUUAAGGAUGGGAAGGAGCUGGUGACAACCUCUACUGUGUCUGUGGAAAGCACAACAGACUCUUCUGCUGUUCUGAUUAAAGAUGCAACACGCCUUGACACAGGCUCCUAUGAAAUAAAGAUUAAAAAUAUUUUGGGAUCAGCGUCAGCUACCAUCAGAAUUGAAAUCCUUGAUAAACCUGGACCCCCGGCAGGUAUCAUUAACUUCAAGUCAAUCACAGCAGAAAAGAUCAUCUUUAGUUGGGAACCUGUUCCUGAAUCUGACCAAGGAGGUUCAAAAGUUACACAUUACAUUGUUGAGAGGCGUGAAACUAGCAGAGUGGUUUGGUCAACAGUUUCUGAGAAGCACGAGCAGACGCACAUCACUGUUGGCAAACUUGUGCGUGGAAAUGAGUAUUUGUUCCGUGUAAUGGGUGUUAACAAGUUUGGAGCUGGAGAACCUCUAGAAUCAGAGCCUGUGAUUGCUAAGAAUGCUUUUGUAACUCCUGGCCAGCCUCGCACACCUGAAGUGAUGACCAUCACCAAGUCUACAAUGUUGGUAGAAUGGGACAAACCAGGUAUUGAUGGAGGUAGCACAGUCACUGGCUACUAUCUUGAGAGACGAGACAAAAAGAGUUUGCGCUGGAUCAGAGUCUACAAAGAUCCUAUUACUGACAUCAAACAGACUGUUUACCACCUAACAGAAGGAAAUGAGUAUCAGUAUCGUGUUUGUGCUAUUAACAAAGCUGGUGAGGGGCCGUUCUCUGAUGCAUCAGACUAUUACAAGGCUGCUGACCCAGUUGAUCCUCCAUAUGAGCCCUGUAAGCUGAGGUGGUUGGACUCCACCAAGACAUCCAUCACCCUUGGUUGGUCAAAACCAGAAUGGGAUGGAGGCAGUGAGAUCACUAGCUAUAUGGUGGAAAAGCUUAUUGAAGGACAGCAGGAGUGGGAGAUGAUUACUUCUAAGGGGGAGGUGAAGGCUACAGAGUAUACAGUUCACCACCUAAAACCAGAUGUAAACUACUUAUUUAGAGUUUCUGCAGUCAAUUCUGCUGGCCGUGGAGAACCCUUAGAGAUGACUGAACCAGUGCAAGCGAAAGAUAUCUUAGAGGAGGCUCAGAUCGACUCCGAUGUUGCCAUGAGAACACACUACAUUGUAAAAGCUGGCAAAGAUGUUGAGCUUUGUGUUCCUUUGAAGGGGAGACCUGCUCCUACUGCUUCCUGGAGUAAAGAAGAAGAAUGCAUAGACUGUAACUCCAAAUACGAGUUCCACCAUUCAGAUUGCACUACAGUGCUUGUUAUGCGUGAUGUUACCCGCCUUGACACUGGAAAAUACACAGUGAAGAUACAAAAUGGUGUGGGAGAACCAAAGAUGCUGACUCUCUCUGUAAAAGUCCAGGAUACACCUGCUCAUUGCAGAAAUUUGGUCCUGGAAAAUGUAUCACGUGGAAAAGUUACUCUGGUCUGGGAACCUCCUCUCUUGGACGGUGGUGCUGACAUUACAAACUACAUUGUUGAAAAGAGAGACUCUUCCAAGAGAUCAUACUCUGCAGUGACAAACAAAUGCACAGACACAACAUACAUCAUUGAAGAUCUGUCAGAAAAAACAUCUUACUUCUUCCGUGUGUCAGCAGAAAAUGAGAAUGGCAUUGGUGACCCAUGUGAAACACGUGACCCUGUGAAGGCUACAGAGACUCCAGGACCAGUCAAGGAGGUCUCUAUGAAAGACUCAUCCAAGACUUCUGUUACUUUACAGUGGCUUAAACCAGAUUAUGAUGGAGGCAGCAUAAUAUCUGACUAUAUAAUUGAGAAGAAGAUGAAAGAUGAGGAAUGGUCAAUGGGAGGGACAAGCAGACAAUGUGAGCUUGAAGUCAAGAAGCUCAAGGAGCAUUCCGAAAUGUUUUUCAGAGUUGCAGCAAGGAAUGAGAAAGGGCAAGGUGACUUUGUUGAGGUUGGGCCUAUUAAAGUAAUUGAUUACAUUAUCACUCCUGAAGCAGACCUUUCAGAGUACCCAAAUGGCACAAUCAAUAUUCGUCUUGGUCAUAAUCUACACAUUGAGCUACCAUACAAAGGAAAACCUAGACCUUCUGCUUUUUGGUUAAAAGACAGUUUACCUCUAAAGGAAAGCGAUCAAGUGCGCUUUAAGACAACAGAAAACAAAGCCACUAUAAUGAUUAAGAAUAUUAAGAAGGAAAACGAGGGAAAAUACACGCUAACCCUUGACAAUAAGGUCAACAGAAAAUCCUUCCACAUGUUUAUUGUUACUCUUGGACCACCAUCAAAGCCUGUUGGACCUAUACGUUUGGAUGAAGUAAGAGCUGAGAGCAUCAUGAUCUCCUGGGAUGAACCCAAUGAUGAUGGUGGUGGAGAUAUCAGCUGCUAUACAGUUGAGAAGCGCGAUACAUCCAAGUCUGACUGGAAGAUGGCCUGCUCUAGUGUGGAAGGAACUCAGUUCAGGGUCCCCAACCUAGUUAAGGGAGUUCAGUACCAAUUUAGAGUCUGUGCUGAAAACAGAUAUGGUGUCAGCGAGCCUCUGGUCUCACAGAUGGUUAUUGCCAAACACCAGUUUAGGUCUCCAGGCCCACCAGGCAAGCCUGUAGUAUAUAAUGUUACCAAUGACGGCAUGACCAUUCAGUGGGAGAAACCAAUUUAUGAUGGUGGAACCCCCAUCCAAGGAUAUCAUGUGGAGAAGAAAGAAAAAAACAGCAUCAUGUGGCAAAAGGUGAACACAGUCCUGAUUAAAGAAAAUGAUUACAGGAUCUUGGAACUGAUUGAAGGUCUUGAGUACUCCUUCAGGGUGUAUGCUCAGAACGAUGCUGGUUUCAGCAGAAUGGGCGAUGAGAGCAAGCCAACAAUGGCUGUCAGUCCUGUUGAUCCCCCUGGCCAGCCUGACUACAUAGAUGUGACCAGUGACUCAGUAACAUUAAAAUGGGAUGCACCUAAACGUGAUGGUGGUAGCAAGAUUACAAGCUAUAGCAUUGAAAAACGUCAAGGCCAAGGUCGUUGGUUUAAGGCAAACUUGACUGAUGUGCAUGACUGUCAGCACACAGUUACUGGUUUGGCAACAAAUGAACGCUAUGAGUUUAGGGUAAUUGCCAGAAAUGCCAUUGGGGUUGUCAGUCCUCCAUCCAACUCUUCUGGCCUGAUUGUUGUAAGAAGUGAAAAUGCUUCUCCAAAUAUUGAGUUUGGCCCAGAGUACUUUGAGGGUUUGAGCGUCAAAGCAGGAGAAACCCUCAAACUCAAAGUGACUGUCACAGGGCGACCAGUUCCGAAGGUAAUUUGGCACAAAGAUGGUGUAGAGAUUACCAAAAAGAUGAUGGACGUCACUACUGUUCCUGGAUCCAGUACCCUGUUUGUCAGGGAUGCAGAUCGCACACAUCGGGGCCUUUACACAAUAGAGGCUACCAACGGAUCUGGUACCAAGAAGGAAAGCAUUAUAGUCCAAGUCCAAGAUACUCCUGGGGAGCCAGAUGGACCCAUCACUUUUAGUAAUAUCUCUGAGGGCAAGUGCACUCUGUCUUGGAAUCCCCCAGAGAAUGAUGGUUGCUCAGAAAUUUUACAUUACAUUAUUGAGAAAAGAGAGACUGCUAAGAUCUCUUGGGCCUUAGUAACAGAUGAAUGUAAGGAAUGCACCUUUAAUGCAACUAAACUCAUAAAGACCAAUGAAUACCAGUUCAGGGUCUCUGCUGUUAACAAGUUUGGUGUUGGUAGAGCUUUGGAAUCUAGUCCCAUCAUUGCACAGAUGCAAUACACAACUCCUGAUGCUCCAGGAACUCCAGAUGCCACUGAGGUGUCAGGUGAAAGCAUCACACUGUCCUGGAAUCCUCCAACAUGUGAUGGGGGAAAUCCUAUCAAGUACUACAUUCUUGAGAAACGGGAAAAGAAAACUUUGCGCUUUUACAAAGUUAUUUCCAAAAAGCCCAUCACUGAAUGUGGUCACAAGGUGACAAACCUGACAGAAGAUAUAGAAUAUGAGUUCCGGGUUAUGGCUGUGAAUGAUGCUGGAAUUGGUGCACCUAGCAACAUUUCUAUACCUAUCAAAGCAGCUGAGCCAAAAGAUAUUCCCUGUGCCCCAUCUGUGGUCUGUGUGUCAGACUCUACAAACAACUCCAUUAGCUUGGAGUGGACCAAGCCUGUGGAUGAUGGAGGGAUGGAGAUCCUUGGCUACAUUAUCGAGAUGAUGAAAGGAGAGGAGGCUGAAUGGAAGAGAGUAAAUGAGGAGGCAGUGGCAGAAACACAUUACAAAGUAACUGGUUUGCAAACAGGAGCCGAGUACAAAUUCCGUGUUGCAGCUGUCAACCAUAUUGGCAGAGGAGAGGAUCAGGAGACAGCAGAACACGCUCAGGCUAUUGAUAGAUUAACACCACCACAGGUGGAUAUUGAUGCCACAUUCAAGCAGACACACAUUGUCAAGGCUGGAGGAUCAGUAUGUCUGGGUAUUCAUUUUAGAGGAGACCCCAUUCCAACUUGCACCUGGGUAAAGGAGGAAGGAGAGCUAAGUGUGAUGUCAGAGAUUACAACUACUGAUGGUUAUACUUCCUUAACCAUUGAAAACUGCUCAAGAAAUGAUAUAGGCAAAUAUACUGUUAAUCUGGAAAAUGCCAGUGGCAGUAAAUCCCUUACAUUUGUUGUUAAAGUAAUGGACACUCCUGGACCCCCUCAGGCUGUAGCUUUCAAAGAAGUCUCCAGAGGCUCUGUCACACUUAUCUGGAAGUCCCCACUCAAUGAUGGCGGGAGCCGUAUAUUUCACUAUGUUGUUGAGAGGCGUGAAGCUAGCCGCCGCACUUGGCAGCAGUGUGGUGCAAAGUGCACUGCGCAUUUACUUAGGGUCCAAGACCUCCUUGAGGGAGUGCCAUACUUUUUCCGAGUGUCAGCUGAAAACCAGCAUGGUAUAGGUGAGGCCUCUGAGCUUACUGACCCAGUUACUGCCACUGCAGAACCAGCAUCUCCCAAGAAAUUGGAGAUUCUGGAUACUACAGACAACUCUGUUUCACUUGGCUGGCUGAAACCAGAGCAUGAUGGUGGUAGUCGAAUCCAGUGUUACAUUAUUGAAGCCAGACAAAAAGGGACGGACAAAUGGGUAGUGGUUGGUAGCACAAAAAAUCUCAUGUAUGUAGUGGAGAAGCUCAACAAAGGGGAAGAAUAUGACUUCCGCGUGAAAGCAAAAAAUGAAGCUGGCCACAGUCAGCCAAAGAAAACUGUGGCUCCUGUCUUGGUCAAAGAGCCUCACAUCGAACCUGCUGCUGACUUAAGUGAUAUGGCAAACCAACUCAUCACUUGCAAUUCCGGUAAAACCUUUACCAUUGAUGUUCCUAUCAGUGGAAGACCUACUCCUAAAGUUACCUGGAAGUUAGAGGAAAUGAGGCUAAAGAGCUCUGACAGAGUCACCAUUAAACUCACAAAGGACAGAACUAGCAUCUCAGUCAGAGAAGCCAUGAGAGGUGAUGGUGGCAAAUACUAUCUUACUCUGGAGAAUGCAGCAGGAACAAGGACCUUUGUCAUUGAAGUUAAAGUUACAGGCAGACCAAGUCCUCCAACUGGACCACUUGAAAUAUCCUCCAUAACCUCUGAGUCAUGUAUUAUUAACUGGCAACCACCCGAGGAUGAUGGUGGCUUGGAUAUCACCAACUACAUAGUAGAAAAGCGGGAGUCUGGUUCCACAGCAUGGCAGCUAGUCAAUUCCAGUGUGAAGCGCACAUCUCUUCAAAUCAGUCACCUUACCAAGUACAUGCAGUAUACAUUCAGAGUAUCUGCUGAAAACAGACUUGGUGUCAGCAAGCCCACUGAGUCAGAGACAAUCGUUGCAGAGCAUCCUUUCUCCCCACCAGGAUCUCCAACAAGACCCACAGUCUGUAAUGUUACUGCCAGCACAAUGACACUAAAAUGGGAGGAACCCUACCAUGAUGGUGGCAGCAAGGUGACAGGCUAUUGGAUUGAGAAAAAAGAGAGAAACAAUAUCUUGUGGGUUAGGGACAACAAGAUUCCAUGCUUUGAGUGUUACUACAAGGUGGAGGGUCUGGUUGAAGGUCUGGAAUACCAGUUUAGAGUUUAUGCUAUGAACAGUGCUGGGCUAAGUAAAGCAACCGAAGCCUCCAAGGGAGCAGUAGCUCAAAAUCCAGUUGAUCCACCAAGCAAGCCAGAAGUCACAAAUGUUACUAGAACCACUGUUUCCCUCAAAUGGUCACCCCCAUUGAAUGAUGGUGGUAGUCCUAUUGUGGGCUACAUCAUUGAACGUAAACCAUACACUUUGACUGGUGAAGGCCGCUGGUUAAAGUGCAAUUACACAAAUGUAACUGACAAUUUCUACACUGUUACGGCCCUGGGAGAGGGAGAGCCAUACGAGUUCAGAAUCAUUGCCAAGAAUGCUAACCAGGUCUUUAGCACACCUUCGGAGUCAACUGGGUCUGUCCAGUGCAAGACAGAUUUUGAACCACCCAAGGCCCACUUGGACAGUAAGCUACUCUCUGAAACUGUAAUGGUGCGAGCUGGUUCAGACUUAGUUCUGGAUGCUGCAGUUGGUGGCAGACCUGAUCCUAAGGCCUUUUGGUCCAAAGGUAGCAGAGAACUGGAGAUAUGUGAGAAAUACCACAUCCAGUACACCCCAACCAAGGCAUUGGCCAUCAUUAAAUUCUGUGACAGAGAUGACACUGGAAAAUACAUUUUAACAGUUAGGAAUGUAAGUGGAACCAAGACUGCAGAAGUUAACGUGAAAGUACUUGAUACACCUGGAGUAUGUGAAGGUAGCAUUGAGAUCAGCAAAAUAACAGAGGAGUCUUGCACAUUGAGCUGGAAGCCUCCUCUUGAAGAUGGUGGCGAUGAGGUAUCUCACUACAUUGUAGAGAGGCGAGACACCAACAGACUCAACUGGGUAAUCAUGCAUGCAAGGUGCAAAGAGCUUAACUGCAACAUUACUGGGCUGUUCAAGAAUACAGAAUACCUGUUUAGAGUUUGUGGAGUCAACAAAUAUGGAGCUGGAAUUUACCUCCAGUCAAAGCCAGUGGUGGCAAAAAAUACAUUUACUGUACCAACUCCUCCUGGAGCUCCAGAGAUCCUGGCAUCAGGAAAAGAUUUUGCCACAAUUCAGUGGCUGAAGCCUGAAAGUGAUGGUGGUAGUCCACUAAUGCAUUACCUUGUUGAAAGACGUGAAAAGAAGAGUGCUCGCUGGGUAAAGGUGAACAGAGAUGGCACUCACCUGGACACCACUUUGAAAGUGACUGGUUUGACUGAAGGCAACAUCUACCAGUUCCGAGUAACAGCCAUCAACAAAGCUGGAGAAAGUGAACCUAGUGAGGUCUCUUUGUAUGUCAUCUGCAGGGUGCCAACAUGUGUCCCUGCGCCACCCUCAAUUCCACGUAUCACUGACACACAAGCUGACAGUAUCAGCUUGGCAUGGUCUCGACCUGUAGAUGAUGGAGGAGCGGAUGUUAUUGGUUACAUCCUCGAGGUAAAAGAAUCUGGAACAGAGGAAUGGAAAAAAGCUCAUGAAAAAAUCUUGCGUGCUACAGAAUACGUACUGGCUGGACUUUCUUCAGCCAAAAAGUACUGCUUUAGAGUGGCAGGCAUCAACAUUAAUGGUACAGGAGAUUUCAGUGAACCUUGUGCUGAGACUGAGCCAAUUGAGAGGAUUGAAACUCCUGAUUUUGAACUCCAUGAUGACUUGAAGAAGACAGUUUGCUUGCGUGCUGGUGGAUCGCUGCGUUUCUUCAUCAACAUUACUGGUCGUCCAGCUCCUUGUGUCAUUUGGAGCAAGCCUGGUGUUGACCUUCAAAAUAGAGGUUUUGUUGAGGUUACUAAGACAUCAACUACUCUUAUCAUUGACAAGGUCAAUCGGUAUGAUGCUGGCAAGUACACACUUGUGGCUGAGAACUGUGCUGGAAAACGUGAAGUUCACAUCCUUGUCAAGGUGUAUGAUACUCCUGGACCACCUGGGCCAAUCAAUAUCAAAGAACUAACAAAGGAAUCUGCAACCAUUUCUUGGGAAGCUCCAGCUGUAGAUGGUGGUGCUCCGGUCAACAAUUACAUUAUUGAAAGGCGUGAGGCCUCCAUGAGGGCUUACAAAACAGUUACAUCAAAAUGCAGUAAAACAUCCUAUAAAAUUGAUGGCCUGAUGGAGGGUAUGCUGUAUUACUUCCGUGUUCUACCUGAAAACAUUUAUGGUAUUGGGGAGUCCUGUGAGACUCCUGACAUCGUCCUAGUUUGUGAAGUACCUCUACCUCCGCACAAGCUGGAAGUGAUUGAUGUCACCAAAAGUUCUGUAACUCUUGGCUGGGAAAAGCCUGAGCAUGAUGGUGGCAGUCGACUGACUGGCUACAUCAUUGAAGCUUGCAAGUUUGGCACUGACAAGUGGAUGAAGAUUGCAACACUGAAACUCACAGACUUUGAGCACACUGUUGAGAAGCUAAAUGAAUAUGAACAGUACUUGUUCAGAAUCAAAGCUGUCAACAGCCGAGGAGCCAGUGAGCCUAAAGAACUUGUCGCUCCUGUCACUAUACAAGAACAAAGAGUAAUGCCUAUGGUGGACUUCUCUAGUAUUCCUCAAAAAGUUGUCAAUGUCCUUGCUGGUAAGACCUUGGAGUUAGAUCUUCCGAUCAUUGGCAGACCUCCACCUAUUUGUUCAUGGUACUUUAAGGAUAACAAAAUUAAGAUAACUGACCGUGUAAAGAUCAAGAGCUCUGGAAAGUUCUCCAAACUGAUUGUGUCUGACACAACCAUUGAUGAUUCUGGUGACUACACCUUGGAGGUGAAGAAUAGUGUUGGUGUCCUCACUGAGGUCAUCAAGGUCAUCAUUCUGUCCAAACCUGAUGAACCCAGUGGGCCAGUUCGAUUUGAUGAGAUUGAUAGCACCUCGGUUACCUGUAGUUGGGAUCCCCCAGUUAGAGAUGGUGGAACACCCCUCACUGGAUACAUAGUGGAACAGCGUGACGCUCACAGACCUGGCUGGGUUCCUGUCAGUGACUCCGUUAGCCGUCCAACAUUUAAGUUUAUUAACCUUAUUGAAGGGGAUGAGUAUGUCUUCCGUAUAGCUGCCACAAAUCGUUAUGGCACAGGAGAGUUUUUGCAGUCUGAAAUUGUCACUUGCAGGAGCAUGAACAAUGUGCCUGGACCUCCAGGUCGUCCUGUGAUAUUUGAUGUGUCUCGUGAUGGCAUGACUGUGGCUUGGGAGCCACCAGAAGAGGAUGGUGGUCUUGAAGUUUCUGGAUACAUUAUUGAGCGCAAAGAAGUAAGGUCUGACAGAUGGGUGCGUGCCAACAGGAACCCUGUAACAAUGACAAGGUAUAGAUCUACUGAGCUCAUUGAGGGUCUAGAGUAUGAGCACAGAAUAACUGCAAUCAAUGCCAGAGGACAGAGUAAACCAAGUCUGCCAUCUAAACCAACAGUGGCGACCGACCCCAUUGAUCCACCUGGUUCUCCUCAGAAUCCAAGAAUAACAGAUACCACCAAAUCUUCAGUGUCACUGGCUUGGAGUCCACCAGAUGAUGAGGGAGAUGCAAGAGUAGAUGGUUACAUGAUUGAAAUGCAAAAGGUGGGAAGUGUGGUCUGGGUCAAGUGUAACACUACACCGUCUUUAAUCUGUGAGUACACACUUACCAACAUGCCCCAAGGAGAAGAGUUCAAAUUCCGUGUUUUGGCAUGCAAUGCUGGUGGCUGUGGAGAGCCUGCUGAAGUACCUGGUACAGUCAUUGUUAAGGAGAUGUUGGAAUCUCCUGAUUAUGACCUGGACUUGAAAUACAAGGAUGUUUAUGUGGUCCGCUAUGGAGGAGUCGUAAGACUUUCUGUACCUAUUAAAGGAAAACCUCAACCAACCUGCAAGUGGGUAAAGGAUGGUGAUAGAGUUUCCACUAAGGCCAUGAUUGCCUCAUCUGAAGAUGGCAGUGAGCUGGUCAUUAAGGGAGCUGAGAGAAGUGAUUCUGGAGUUUAUGGUCUACAUUUGGAAAACACAGUGGGCAAAAAGAAAGCCCAAAUUAAUGUUAAGGUAAUUGGCCGCCCAAGUGCUCCAGAAGGACCAUUAGUCUUUGAAGAAUUCCAAGCUAAUUCAGUCAAAGUGUCCUGGAAGGCACCAACCGAUAAUGGGGGCUCUGAAAUCAUUGGAUACAUUGUAGAAAGACGUGAGGCAACCAGAAAUGCAUGGUACACUGUGGAUUCCAGAGUCACAGAAACUCAGCUUGUUGUUAAGGGCUUAAAGGAGGGAACUAAGUACCACUUCAAAGUCACAGCAGAAAACUCUUUUGGUAUAAGUGCAUCUCUAAAGACUGAACAGCCGGUGGUACCAAAGACUCCUCUGUGUCCUCCUGAGCUUUCAAAUACUCCCCCAGAGAUAAUGGAUGUAACCAAGAGUUCAGUGGCACUAUCCUGGUCCAGACCAAAGGACGAUGGUGGUUCUGCCAUCACUGGCUAUUAUGUUGAGUACAAAGCGGUAACAGCUGAGACAUGGUCCCGCCAUGAAGCCAAGAUCACCUCAACCAUGUUUACUCUUCAUGGACUUACUCCAGAUACAGCAUAUGAGUUCCGAAUUGUUGCUGUUAAUGAGACUGGAGAGAGUGAAGCUGGAAUUGUAUCUGAUGUUGCCAUAUGUAAAGAUCCUUUUGACAAGCCUAGUCAACCAGGCGAGAUUGACACAAUGAAUAUUGGUAACAACUUUAUUACUAUCCGCUGGCAAGCUCCUGAGUGUGAUGGUGGAAAAGAGAUCUUGGGUUACUGGGUGGAGUGCAGAAAAUCCAUUGAGAGUUCAUGGAAGAAAUCUAACAAGCAGAGGCUAAAAGAAAAGGAGUUUACCAUGACAGGACUGGCCGAAGCAACAGAAUAUGAGUUUAGAGUAUUUGCUGAGAAUGAGACAGGAAUAAGCAGACCUCGAAGAACAGCCACAUGCAUUAAAACAAAACUGACUGUUGAAAGUAAACCAAGCCUGAGAAAAGAAAUGGAUGAAGUGACAGCUAAACUUGGCCAGCCUGCUGUCAUGAAGUGUCAGAUUAUUGGCCGUCCUGUUCCUGAAAUUAAGUGGUAUCAUGCAGGCAGAGAAAUUAUUGCUUCACGCAAAUAUGAGAUGAGCUCUGAUGGCCGCAACCACUCUCUGUCUAUUAUGACAGACCAACAGGAGGAUGAGGGCGAAUACGCCUGCAAGGCAAUUAAUGAUGCAGGUGAAGCAGAAACAAAAGGAGUCCUCGUGUUAGAGGCUGCUCCAUCCUUUCACCCAGAUUACCCUCUAAAGGAAACCUAUUAUGCUGGUCUUGGAACAACUCUGAGAAUCCAUGCAGUUUAUAUUGGACGUCCAGAGCCUAAAAUAAUGUGGCUGCAUGGAGCAAAGACACUCGAGAACGCUGAUGAUAUAAGCAUUGAGACUACAGAGCAUUAUACACACCUGGUCAUCAAGAAUGCUCAGCGAAGAGUCCAUGGAGGAAAGUACAGGAUAAGAUUACACAACCAUUUUGGCAGGGCUGAUACUGCUUUCAGUGUUGAGAUCUUUGACAAACCUGAUGUACCUCAGGGUCCAAUUUUGCUUGAUGCGCUUCUAAAGAAUUCUGUAAUUAUCAGUUGGAAGCCCCCCAAGGAUGAUGGGGGUUGUAUCAUUACCAACUACAUAGUGGAAAAGCGUGAAGACAAGGAAGGCACAGAGUGGGAGCUGGUUUCUUCAUCCAUUAAUGGUACCAGUUGCCGUGUUCCUAGCCUUAUCGACAGUGCUGGAUACUUCUUCCGUGUUUAUGCCCAAAAUCGCUAUGGUAACAGUGAGCCACUGGAGCUCACUCACCCCAUCUUGAUCAAGAGUCAGUUAGAAAAGCCAUCACCACCUUUGUCACCUGUUGUUUCUGGAAUUACUAAAGACUCAUGUGUAGUUUCCUGGAAACCUCCACUUAGUGAUGGAGGAUCCAAAAUUAAGAGCUACUACCUUGAGAAGAAACACAAGAAGGACAAGAAAGAAUGGACUGAGUGGACUCUGGUGACAACAGAUGAGAUCAAACAAACUGUUUAUUCAGUCAAGCACCUGUUUGAGGGUAUCGAGUAUGUCUUCCGUGCAAAGUGUGAGAACCUUGGAGGACAAAGUGACUACAGUGAAGAGACCCGUCCUAUCAUCCCAGCCACAGAAACUGAGGUUCGGGCACCUGCCUUCAAAGAGGAGCUAAGAAAUAUGAGCGUCAAGUACAAGAGCAAUGCUACCCUUGUUUGCAAAAUUGUUGGGCAGCCAAAACCGGUUAUUAAGUGGUUUAAACGAGGAAAAGAGAUCCAUUCUGAUGGAAAGAAAAUCAAAAUCCAGGAAUUUAAGGGAGGAUACCAUCAGCUGGUCAUCUCAGAGACCGAUGAAGAGGACUCCACAGUUUACCAGAUCAGAGCAACAAACCAGGGAGGCUCUAUUUGUGCAACAAUCUCUCUGGAUGUUGAAAUCCCAGCCAAAAUCAACUUGCCAAAGAACCUUAAAGACAAAGAAGCCAUUCCAGCCUUACGUGGAGAGGUGGUGAAUAUCAAAAUUCCUUUUAGUGGCAAACCAGAUCCCGUCAUCACAUGGCAGAAAGGACAAGAUCUAAUUGAUAGCAAUGGCCACUACCAAGUUAUUGUUACCCGAUCCUUUACCUCAUUAGUCUUCCCUAAUGGUGUAGAAAAGAAGGACGCGGGUUUCUAUAUUGUCUGUGCCAAGAACAGAUUUGGAAUUGACCAGCAAACUGUUGAGCUGGACGUUGCUGAUGUCCCUGAUCCACCACGUGGCAUUAAAGCCAGUGAUAUCUCCAAAGAUUCUGUCACCCUGAACUGGGUGGCCCCAGCAAAUGAUGGUGGCAGUAAGGUUAUAAGCUACAUUAUAGAGAAAUGCCCCACCACAGCUGAGAGAUGGCAGCGAGUUGCCCAGUCCCGUGACACCCACUAUACUGUAACCAACUUAUUUGGAGGAACAAGCUAUCAGUUCAGAGUCAUUGCUGAGAAUAAGUUUGGACAGAGUGCCCCAUCUGAGACAAGUGGACCUGUCAUGACUAAGGAAGACAAAUCCAAAGUUCUCCUUUAUGACAGGGAGGUUGAUGAUUCUGGACAUGUUCCCAAAGGCAAAGUUCAACACUCAGAUUCCAAGAAUUUGCACAACAAAUAUGCUAUUGCAGAGGAACUGGGUAGAGGUCAAUUUGGCAUUGUCCACCGCUGUGUCAACAUAAGCUCUGAAAAAACCUACAUGGCUAAAUUUGUUAAAGUGAGAGGGGCCGAUCAGGCAAUAAUCAAGAAGGAAAUUGCUACACUAAAUCUAGCUAAACACACUAACUUCCUUCUACUCCACAACAGUUUUGAAAGCCCAGAAGAAUUGGUAAUGAUCUUUGAUUUCAUGUCUGGUUGUGACAUCUUUGAGCGCCUCAGUACAGCAGAGUUUGAGCUUAAUGAGCGGGAAAUUGUUAAUUACAUCAGACAGAUCUGUUCAGCCCUGGAGUUUCUACAUAGUCAGAGCUAUGGACACUUUGAUAUAAGACCUGAGAACAUUGUGUACACAACUAGAAAUAGCUCCAAUGUAAAGAUCAUUGAGUUGGGACAGUCCAGACAUCUGACUCCAGGAGACCAAAUAAAAAUUCAGUAUACCACUGCUGAAUACGCUGCCCCUGAGAUCCACCAGUGUGAUAUGGUUAGUACAGUCACUGACAUGUGGUCAGUCGGUGUUCUUACCUACGUCCUCCUAAGCGGUCUUAAUCCAUUCACAGCUGAAACCAACCAACAAAUGAUUGAUAACAUCUCUGGUGCAACCUACAGCUAUGAGGAUGAGUCCUUUAAACAUGUUAGUGUAGAAGCAUUAGAUUUCACAGAUCGUUUGAUGACAAAGGAACGUAAACAUCGUAUGACUGCAGCUGAGGCUUUGACACAUUCUUGGCUCACAAAGCCUGUAGAGGAGAUCAGUCCCAGAGUAAUUCCAAGCAGCAGGCACAAAAGAUACUACCAGACAAUGCUAAGAAAAGAGUGGCAAACAGUUGUUCCGGCUGCACGAGUGGCCAGCGGUGGAUCCAUCAGGUCCCAGCGUGGCGUUUUUGUUUCCAAAGUUAAAAUUGCUCCAUUUGAACAUGGUCCUAUUGCAGGCCAGAUAGGUCAUGUAGUUGUAAAUGAAGGUGAUAAUGUGAAGUUCAUCUGCCACAUUGAUAACUAUGAUUGUAGUACUGAGGUGACGUGGUACUGUGGUGUUAGGCAGCUUGAAGGUGGUGACAAAUAUGAAAUUGAAUAUGAGGAUGGUUUAGCUAUAAUCAACAUCAUUAAAGUUACAAGAGCAGACGAUGGCACUUACAGGUGCAAAGUUGUGAACGAGUAUGGUGAAGACAGUGCCUAUGCUGAGCUGUUUAUCACUGGUGUAAGAUCUUACCGUGAUUUCUUCACUACCCGUGUGGUAAAAAGAACAAAGCGCAGAAUUGACACUGCCAGAAUGCUUCAGAAGCCCCCAGAGUUCACUCUUCCCUUAGUUAACCACACAGCCUAUAUCGGUGAGGACAUACGCUUUGGUGUCACUAUCACUGUUCACCCAGAGCCUCGUGUUAUUUGGCACAAAUCUGGACAAAAGCUGAUACCUGGAGAAGAUGACAGAAAAUAUACCUUUGUCAAUGACAAGGGAUUAUACCAGUUAAUAAUCCACCGUGUGGACAUGGAAGAUGAUGCUGAAUACAGUGUUGUAGCCCGCAACAGAUAUGGUGAUGACAGCUGCAAGGCUCGCCUUGCUGUUGUUUCACGACCUAAACCAGCAGACCUUACUUUAAGGCCAAUGUUUAAACGACUGCUCGCAAAUGUUGAGUGUAGAGAGGGCCAGAAUGUUCGUUUUGAGAUCAGAGUUUCUGGCCAUCCAACACUAAAGUGGGAGAAGGAUGGUACACCUUUGGCAUUCGGCCCAUCGAUUGAGGUUGUCCACGAAGGCCUGGAUUACUACAUUCUUCAUGUGAGAGACACUUUACCUGAAGACUCUGGAGUGUACAGAGUAACUGCCACCAACUCCGCUGGUUCUGCAAGUUGUCAAGCAACUCUCAAAGUAGAACGUUCAACUCAUGUUAAAAAAGAUUAUGAAACCAGUGAAAAAGAAGCAGAACAAGUAUCUGGGAAAGAAGAAUUAGAUAAGAAGGUUAGACUGUCUCAAAUAUUAGCUGGCACAGUUGUCUCACCUCUACCACCUGUUGCAGUACAAGCUGUCAGGGAGGCAGCUACUAUGUUCAAACCUGCUGUGACCACAAAGAAGGGUGAGAAGACAGAAGCAGAGAUCAAGAAAGAGCAAGAAGAGAGGAAAAAACGGGCAGAUGAGAAAAGGCUUCGUAUGCCUUAUGUCGUGCCUACACCUCGUGUCAUUAACCCCGCUGUUCUUGAGGAGGAUGUGGAAAUAAAACACUUCAAGCCACUCUCCGACAUGAAAUGGUACAAGAAGCUACGAGAUCAGUAUGAGUUCCCUGAGCCAAUGGAGAAAAUGACUCAAAAGAGAAUGAAGCGUAUUCGCCUCUCCAGGUGGGAGCAGUUCUAUGAAGUCCCCAUGAGAAUCAAGGAGCAGUAUAAGCCUAAGUGGCGCAUUGAAUCUAUGUCUCUUGAUGACUUGGAGACUGUGAGGCCUGCAAGGUAUCGUACUUCUUCCCCUGAAACUGAAGCCUACCGCAGAAUUAGAAGAAGAUCUUUGGGUGACCUUUCAGACGAGGAGCUGUUGCUGCCUGCAGAUGAGUAUCUGACAAUGAAAAGAACAGAGGAAGAGAGGCUGCGUCUAGAGGAAGAACUGGAGCUGGGUUAUUCUGCUUCCCCCCCAAGCCUCAGCCCAGUUCGCUUUGAGCUAUCAGCUUUACGUGCUUCAUCCCCCAGAAAAAUCUAUCAUGAUGAUGAAGAGGAAGAGGAGAUCAAAAGUCAUGAUUUUUACAAAAUUCCAUCCAAAUAUGAGGCUGGUCCUAGCUUUGUUGAUCUCCGUCAGCGUCAUGACAAAGCAACCCACAAGCCACCAAGACAAAAGCAAAGGGUAUAUGAAGAGAAAGAGGAAUUGGAGCUUCUGCGCCCACACACAACUAAUCAAAGAAUCUCUUCUUACAAGAGUCAACUCAAACGCAUGGAAUUUGAAGAAAGAACACAAAGCCCCAAAAAGGAAAUGGCUAUAAAAAUUUCAUCAGUUUCAGAUUGCACUGAAUCUGAACAUCUGACAACUUUUACCUCAGAAUAUCUUCUUAGACCAAUCAAAAAGGAAUCUGCACUGGAAUCAGAUGUAAAAAAAUCAUCUAGCACAGAAAAGGCUCCCAAAAAAGAUGUUACUUUUCCCAAAGUGGACUUUUUGUCCAGAUAUGAGGAAAGAAAACAGGCUCUCAGAUCAGAGAGAAGAUCUGUGGAAAAGAUUGAAGUGAUGACACAUACUCCUUUCAGCCUUGACCAUGCCCCUCGUAUUACAGUCAGGAUGCGAUCUCAUCGUGUACCAUAUGGUUCUAAUACAAGGUUUACUCUGAAUAUCCAAGCCAAGCCUGAACCAGAAGUCAAGUGGUUCCAUAAUGGAAAAGAGAUUCACCAGAGUAGCAAAUAUCAAGUGGCAAACAUAAGUGGUGUUUUGACUCUCCAGAUCAUCAGCUGUGUAACUGAGGAUUCAGGAACCUACCGUGUGGUUUGCAAGAACACUAAAGGAGAGAUUUCUGACUAUGCCACAUUGGAUGUAACAGGAGAAGAAUAUGCUUCUUUUUCUUCCCUCCAGAAAGAUGAGGAGCCUCCAUCUGGAUUUCUACCAGAAUUGUCAGAAACAGAGCUUUAUCAUGAUCAAUCUUCUAAAGUAACUUUGGUGGAAACUGAAAGUGUAAAAGAAACUACCACAACCAUUGUUGAAGAUCCUAGGGAAUCACCAAGUGUUCCUGCCACAAUUAUGACCAAGCCACAAUCCUUGAUUGUGAACGAAGGUGACACUGCCAGAUUUGAGUGUGAUGUUGAUGGUGAACCAACACCUUCUAUCACCUGGUUUCAUGAAGGUAUAACUGUUGGUCCAUCUUUCCGUCACCACAUUGUCUCUUCCCAGUACAAUUCAAUUUUUGAGAUUUCUGAUGUUGAGAUGUCAGAUGAAGGUAAUUACACAUUGCUUGUGGAAAAUCCUGGGGGUAAACAAGAAGCCUUUUUCACUCUCACAAUACACAAGCCUGAGUCAAAGGAAAAAGUUGCUGCCUCCCUUAGAAUCCCUUCUCCUGAGGCUAAGUCCCCUAUCUCCAAAUCUCCUGAACCAAUCAAAUCCCCCCAAAGAGUUAGGUCACCACAGCAAAUGAGGUCUCCAGUCUCACCAAAGUCACCAACACCUAAGUCUCCCACACCAAAAUCUCCCACUCCUAAAUCCCCAUCUCCUUCAGAGGCCAAACAAAUUGUUUAUCAAAAUAAGUCAUCAAAGCAAAUCAUGUUCCCUAAUGUUGAAAAGAAGCCAUCCUUUUCAGCUGGACUGAUUGACAUCAAAGUAACACCUGGUUCUUCAGAGCAGUGCAUAAAUGGAAUACUGGACAAUAACCAGACAAGGACCAUCGGGUCUAUUUGUCAACAUAAUCAAAAGAUUUUCACAUCCCAAGACCAAUCAGUGGAAGACCUCAUUUUAAAGGCCCAAUGCUUUUUAGGACAGCCAAGGAACCAAAAUGUGAAUGAGGGAGAAAAUGAUGAAUUCACCUGUGUAAUUGGAGGAUAUCCUUCAUCUAAAGAAGAGUGGUUAAAGAAUGACAGAAAAGUAAGUAUUUUUAGUUGCCAGUACAUUUAAAAUAUAACAAGCAGAAGUUCAUCUUCAUUUAAUGGACCUAAAAGGGAAUCAACUCUAUUAUCUCUUUUUGCAGAUAUCUAUCAUGUCAAAUAUCAUACAGGGCCAGAGAUUUUCAUGGUCAUUUAAGAUCUUAUAACACCAUGCUAAAAAUACAAACAUGCAUGCACAAGCAAACAUAUAAUACUGUGCAAAAGUUUUAAGGGAGUUUAAAAAUUUAACAAAAUUCAGGUACUGAACUAAAGAGAAAUCUAUAACAAAACUGAUUUAUAAGCUUUGACCACUCCUUUGCUUCAAAACAUCCUCUAGUUCUUCAUUUACACACUGUUUAUGCAGGACGUGGCGUGAAAGGUUAUUUUAGACAUCUUGGAGAUCUAACUGUAGAUCUUCUAUGGAUUUAGGCUUUUUCCCAUUCUUCUGUCUCUACAUUUAAUCACAGACACACUCAAUGAUGUUGAGAUGAAGCUUAAAAGCUAAGUAUAAAAGUAACCUAAUUAUUGUUUACUACAUUAACUGUGUCAUGACCCAAGUGGAAGAGGGUAAGAGUCCGCUUUCUUGCAGUCAUUAAGCUGGUCAAAAGUAGUUACCUUUGCAGGGUGGCUGGACGUUCCCAUAGAGGUUAGGGUGUAAAGCUCAGUCACCCUGAGGGCACUCAAAGUAGAGCCUCUGUGUCUCCUCAUGAAGAGGAGCCAGUUGAGAUGGCUCAGGCACCUGCUUUGGAUAGCAAUUGGACCCUUCACUGGGGAAAGUGCUCCAGGCAUGUCCCACUAGACAAGGACACUGGGAGGACCCAGAACUUACUGGAGAGACAACAUCCUUCUGCUGACCUAAAAGAAGAGCUCCAGUAGGUGGGCAAGAAGGGACAAAGGCCAAGUGUAGAUGUUUUUGCAAAUACUGCUGCCUCCUCAACCGAGUCCCGAAUGAGUGGUAGAAAAUGGAUGGAUGGAUGGAUGAAUGGCGUGUCUAGAAACACCUUUUGCAGCACAGCAAAUCCACAUGCCUUGUCAGUUUUAGUUACUUUUUUUACAUGUCUUUUAACAAUUACAUUUAUCUUUAACAUAAAUUUUUACUUUCAAAUGACUUCUAUAUUUAGCUUUUAAGCAACCAUUCUUUUAAAUCAUACAUGUUGCAUGUUUCUUUGUAUUACUUGUGACAUAAAGGAAACAAAAAAAUGCUGCAAAAAUGAGAAAAGUAGUUAAAUCUAACAAAAUGUUUAAUUUUAUUUUUUAUCUCAGUUUUUUAUUUGUUGAACUUUUGCAUUUGAUGACACAUAACUAAGUGAAUGUUUGCUAUAAUUAGUUUAUUAUAGACCUAACUACAAUAGUUUAAAGCAGGGGUCUCAAACUCAAUUCAGCCAGGGGCCGCUGGAGGCAGAGUCUGGGUGAGGCCGGGCCGCAUCAGGAUUUUCAGAAAAAAAAUCGCUAAUAAAACAUUCCAAUUCUUC